GAAAGAUCUGUCUAUGUCAGAUUUCCCUUUCUUAUCCUCCCAAAGAGCAGUGAGGCAGGACCAGUGAUACAUUCUGCUUGGAGAUCAGAUGUACAUUCUAUUCAGGCAGUCUGCAUCAGCAGCCGGGGAUCUUCAUCACUCUAGCAACCUGGCCAAACAUUAUUGCACUUAGAAGACCUUCUGGAUCACAGUGGACACAGAGAGAUCCAAGGGACUAGGACUGGUGGAAGAAGAGAUCGGGUGGCGGUGACUGAGCAACUGGAGGACAAAGUAAAAGAGAACUGUGCAGAGGGACCCCUGGAUAUUAUAGGGUCCUGUUUAGGGAGAUUGUACAUUGGAGAAGCUUCAGAACAAUUUAGAAGCUCAUCAGCUGGUGACAAGCUUGCAAAGACAAGUGUUUGAAGAGCAGAGAUGGCUAAAGUGAAGCUCUUGCUGGGACUCCUGUGGGCAAUAGGUAGGUGCAUGGACAUCCUCCUUUGAAAUACUUUGUUAAAACUUCCCGCUCCACAGAGCCCAUCUUCUCUCGUGUUGAGCUGAUUAGUCACACAGCCAUGCAGUGAGCUGAUACCUAGUGCAUGGUAAAUAGGGGGAGCUUAUUGUCAUUCUUUCCCUGUUGUAGAAGGGGUGUUGGGUAGUGCAGCAUGUGGGAUUCCUCUCAUCCCCUUCCUAUUGUCCCUGUGUCUGGUUGCCUUUAAGAUUAAAGUCUGGCAUGAAAUGAAAAGAACAAGUUUUUGUUAUCAGUCUGGCUGUAUCGUUUGAUAAAACUGUAUAUAUAAAGUAUCGUAUCGUGGUCACUUUUGUAAGCAACACUUUGUUUAAACAAAUCUACUUACCUUUAGUAUGCAGCAUCCCUUUUCUAUGGAUACUGCAGGGGGACAUGCAUACAGAUUUGUAGUGUUAUUUAUAAAAAAAUAUACAAUUCAGACAUGAGUUUUUUUUUAAUAGGAGCAAGCAUCAAAAACAGUGAUAUUCCACCCACUGCAGUUUAAAGUUUAUUCCCAAAGUUGAUCUUUGUGCGCAGUUUCACCUGUCUUCUUGCGAGCAAUACAUUCAACAUAUUUAAUAGCAGUCCUGGGGUAAAAAUUUAAAAGUGGUGCAAUCACUAUGGAAACCAGUGGAAUGCUUGUGCUGAUUGGUCAACAUUUUUCUUGGCUUGCACUUUAUGAAUAAAAUCAGAUUGUGUGUGUGUGUGUGUGUGUGUGUGUCUAUAAUACCAAGAGGGCUGCACUCACCUGAAUAUAUAUAUACACACACACACAGUUUAAACGUGUGUAUAUAUAUAUAUAUAUAUAUAUAUAUAUAUAUAUAUAUAUAUAUAUAUAUAUAUAUAUAUAUAUAUAUAUAUAAGGCAGGGCUCUUUAGAUGAAGAAGCAAAUCAGUUCUAGUAUGGCACUCAUCCACAGCGUUUUACAAUGUAUGUCAAAUAACAUUUGUAAUUAUACAAACUGAAUACAUAUUUAGUGACACUGCCAAUGGGUUUGCAAUCUAGAUGUAUGUAAUCAAAUGUAUCAUUGAUUGUGCCAGUAUAAGGAGUACAUUAUAACAAUUAGUAUACUAUGCACAGUGAGUAUGAUGAAGAUGGAAUCUGGAAGCAGGUCUCUGCAGUCACUUUGCACUGAAUGUGGAGAAAACUGUGAGGCACUGAGUGUACAGUAGUAAUGUAUAGAAUAGAGACAAAAUUAGGCUGAUAUGCAAGAAGUCCAUUGCUUACAAUGGAUGAAUCUACUGAAAAUAUGGAAUUAGUUCACAAAAUUGUUUUCUAAUUUGUUUACUUGAGGACAAGUGGAAAUACUUUCAGAAUGCUAUGUUUUCAAAUUGCACAAAAGUUAUAGUUUCAAAACUUCCCCUUAAUUACUUCUUGCUAUUUGGAGUUGGCAUUGUAGAUUUAUGAUGUGUAAAAAAAAAAAAAAAGUACUGGGGGAUAUUUCACUAAAUUGUAAAUUGUUAGGAAUUCAAAGUGCAUUUCAAAUUUAGUGCAAAAGAUCAAGUGAAAAUGGAGCUGAAUUGGAUAAUUCAUUACGAGGAUAAUUGGCCCCAGAACAGAAUCAACGUUUUCUAUUUCAGCUAUUUUUUCCUAAAUUUUGAAAUUUACAGUGAAUUAACUUUAAAUUCCCAGUAAUUCUCCCUGAAUAUCCGGUUAGUGUUUCUGAUCUUUUUUUUUUUUUUUUUUAUAUAUAUAUAUAAAUCUUUAUUUUCAUUUUUUUUUUUUUAAUUCAAUCAGGUACAGAUACAGCUUUCAACUGUAGUUUUAAACACUGUAGAAAAUUACUUAGCAGUAAAAUAGUACGUAUAAAUAACAAUAGAACCGUGCUUCAAAUAUACAUCUACCAGUUUUCUGCUGUAUCUACAGCCGUACAAACAUACCAUACAUACAAUUCAUCUUAUCCAUACCACAUUUUCACUACUACCUACAAUUAGCUAUCUAUAGGGGGGCAGGGGGGUUUGAGUUUUUAUAGUUAAUAUAUCUAACCCAAGGGACCCAAACUUCAUUAUAUUUUUCUCUAGAUAUCUUGUUUAGGGCUAUCCCAGCUUCCAUGCUACGUUGGUAAUCUAUCUGUGUACAAAUAUCGUGCCAAUUUAACACACCCAUUUUUCUCCAAUUUCUAGCCAUAACUAUUUUUAUUGCCAUACAGAUGUGGAUCAUAAGAAUUUUUAGUUUUAUAUUGCUUUUUGGCAGGUCUAAAUGAAACAAAAACAUUUGAGGCGUAAUCACAGUCUGAAUCUCAAACACAAAAUCCAUCAAUUCCGCUAAAAUUAAUUUCAUAGGUUUCAACUCCUCACAGUCCCACCAGAUGUGGGAGAAUGAACCUAACUCCCUACCACAUCUCCAACAAUCUGGUAGAAGUGUGGGUUGAAAUCUAUGAAGGCGGGUAGGGACCAAGUACCAGCGGUAUACUAAUUUGAAGUAUACUUCCUGUAUAUUCACCCCAUGUAUAUAUCUUUUUACUGCUUGUAAACCCAAUAACCAGUCCUCGACCGAAGAUGAAAAAUGAAGUUCUUGCCCCAGAACAGAAUCAACUUUUUCUAUUUCAGCUAUUUUUCCCUAAAUUUAGAAAUUUACAGUGAAUUAACUUUAAAUUCCCAAUAAUUCUCCCUGAAUAUCCGGUUAGUGUUUCUGAUCUUUUCACACUGUAGUAAAUAACCUUUACAGGAUUUAGUAUUCGUAUUAUAUUUAAUGUAACUGUAUCGCACCCAAUUAGUUCAGUUGCUGACAUCAUAUAUGGAGUUAUUUGAACUAGAAACUGGGGUGAAUUGACAAAAAAAAUUAAGUAUUAUAUUCCAAAAUAUUUUAAAAAUUGUCAUCCUGGCUGUUUUUUCACAGAGAUUUCUAACAGGUGUCAGUAUUUUAGAUUUUCAGUGAGAGAAGACAUCUGUUUCACUUGACACAUGCGUCAAAAUCACAAAAAGACAAUCUAUAUCCUUAGCCUAAACAUACACUGUUGGUGCAUACGUUAUUAUUAAUUUUGAGAAGGGAGAUAUUUAAGGGAUUUUUUGUUAAGUUUGUAUCACGACACCCUAUUUUAUGUGUUUCUGUGUGAAUGUGACUAAAUUAAUUUAUAAACUGUAUGUGUAAGUCUAUAAACCAUUUGAAAAGAUCUUGUUUUUUUUCUACACCUUAGUUUUAAAAAUGUAAAAUGUGUAAUUUUUAUACAGUAGUUUGAGAUCAUUCUGACUACUGAAAAUAAUUUUUUGAAGUAGUUCCACAUUUAGUUGUAGAAUAUAAAGAAUAAGAAAAUAUUGUGCUGGUUUGAAAAAUCAGUGUGAAGUAGAAAUGGUGCCGAUUUUUCUAAUUCAGAAUUUUAUCCGAAAUAGUUUUUUAGCCUAAACUUUGUGAAUCAGUUUUCCUGUUUCCGCAAAUUCUUACCUAAUGAAUACAACUCAGCCUAUUUGGAAACAAUUUAUCAAUAUGGAGGUUGUUUUAUUGAGGGAAAUUCACAAAUCUAAUGUACAGAGCUCUCUAUUAUCCAUCCAAGCAAUCACUAAUUGAAUAUCUGCCACUUUCUCCAUGAUCCGUACACUGUUAACACCAAAAACAACCAAAAUAUUAAUCCUUUUUCUCAUAAUGUCGCAACUGGAUUAUUACAACUCUGUGUUAAUGAGAUUACCUUUCUAUUGCCUAUCCCCUUCAAUCUUUCAUAAACACCUCUGCUUUUGCCCUACUCAUCGGUCAUCUUCCACUUUGCCCCUUUCGUCAUGUUCCUUACAGGUUCUGUCACUUCCAGAAUAAAAUCCAAAGUUCUGACCACUGAUUGCUGAGCUGUGAUACUGCAAAUCUAUAACCUCUGCUCUUUUUUUCACAUACUUUAUCACCUGCCCUCUUCAUUCUGUCUAGGACUUGCACCUCUCGUCUUCUCUUGUUACAUCCUUCCAUUUCUGUUUCCAGGACAUCUCCCCACAUUCCAUAAAAUUAGGCAAUCGUUGAAAACUCACCUAUUCAAAGAAGCUUACUACGUCCGUAUCAUCUGAGACCUAUACAGAAUUCUAAAUGAGUAAAUCCUCUAUCUGUUCCUACCUCGGUCAUCACUUCCAGAAGUGUCCCCUGCAACCUGACUUUCCUCUUCUUCACAACACCCUUACUAGGGCUUAAAAUGUUAAAUUUAUAGUACUCUGCUACUAGUCAGAUCUUAAAAGCUACUCACCAUUGCAAACCAUAGUAUACCCUUCAAGGCGUGCUUUUCUACUUGCCAGGGCUAAAUUUUCACUCGCCAAUAUAGAUAGUGGAAAUUUUGAGUCCUGUUCUUACCUUUUGCUUCUGUCAUUCAUUUCCCUUUGUAGAUUUUGGGCUUGCAGCAGUAGGGCUAUCAGUUUUUCUAUUCCAGUAUGUAGCCUUGUGUAUGUUUAUGUUUUACAGUAUCUAAUGUUAAUCGUCAUUAACAUUAGAUACUGUAAAACAUAACAUACAACACUGAAACACUGGGUUAUUGUGUUAAUAACCCAGUGUUUUACAAAAUUUAUUCCUAUUUAUGUCUUUACACAUUUGAUUUAAUCAAAGGCAAUAUUGAAAUGCCCUUUCAUUCAUUACAUUAAGGAUGCCAUGGUCCUUGAGAGCUAUAAUCCUCUAAGAUAUUUAGGUAUUCUCCACUAAAUAGGUAAACAGUUAAAUAGACAGUCCAGACACUAUUAGCAUAAGUAAGACAGUAGUUAUAGUGCUAGGACGUUGUCCCUUUUCAAAAUGUCUAGUUUUCUUCAUACAGUUGUAAACAAAAUUAUUUAACAACCAUCAGGUUUAUUGUCAUAAUUUUCAGAUCUUUAGCUGUUUGCAAUGAACAAAUAAAACAAAAGCAAUUGCAGAAGCUCAACACAAUGAAUGCUUCAAGUGGUUUCCCAACUGAAAUUGCAACUUAUAAUGACUUCUCCAGUCUCAACAUUUUUAAACCCAAUAGAAUCCCUUACAACAGCACAAAUGCAAAACCGGUAUUGUCUCAAGCAUACCUGAUGCAACUAAUCGAGGCUUCAACACUUGAAAUACCUGAACUGGUUGGGGGUUGUUGAGUGUCACAUUUGACUGCAUGUUAUAAGUUAAGAGAAUAUAUAAUCAGCCUUCACAAACAAGAAAUAGUAUACAAAAAUAUAGUAAAGGCUUUGAAUGUUCCUAGAGACACAGUUGUAAGCAUAGUUUGCACGUUCAAAGUUCAAAGAACAGUGGUUACACUACCUGGACCAGUCAGAAAAAGGAAGCUAUCAAUGGCUGCUACCAGAUUUCUGAGAAGGCAUCUUGUAAAAAACACUCGAGUGACUGCAAAUGAUCUGCAGGAAAACUUGGUGAUAAUAGGAACUGAAGUCUUAGUAAGCACAGUAAGGCGCGUACUAAAAGUAGAUGGUUUCCAUGCCAGAACUCCAAGACGUAUACAACUGCUGAUCCAAAAGUACAGAAAAAGUUUACUCCAAUAUGCCCAAAAUCAUAUAAAUAAGCCACAGAAGUUUUGGAAUUCUGUGCUGUGGAGCGAUGAAACAAAACGGGAACUUUUUGACCCAAUGGAUCAGCGGUAUGUCUGGAGGAAAAAGAAUGAAUCAAAUGCUGAAAAGAACACUCUGCAUACAGUAAAGCAUUGUGGUGGUUUGGUGAUGUUCUGGGGCUGCUUUGCAUCCUCUGGUAUUGGAAACAAGAUGGAUUCAUUGAAGUAUCAGGAAAUCCUAGGAGAAAACAUUAUGCUAUCUGUGAGAAAGCUGAAGCUUGGGCGUCAUUGGACCUUCCAACAAGACAAUGAUUUCAUGCAUCUCUCAAAUUUCACCAAGGAUUGGUUGCAGAUAAAGUCCUGGAAAAUUCUACAGUGGCCAUCACAGUCACCUGACUUAAACCCCAUAGAGAAUCUCUGGUGAGAUUUUUAAAGAGGGCAGUUGUAACACGCAAACCCAAGAAUAUUACUGAACUGGAGGCCAUUGCUCAUGAGCAAUGGGCUAAGAUUCCUCAGAAACGCUUCCAGAAGCUGGUAUCUGGCUAUGCAUCUCAUUUGCAGCAGGUCAUAACAGCAAAAGGGUGCUCAACUAAGUACUAAAUAUGCUUGCCAUGAAGGAGUUGAAUACAUUUGAGAGUGGAGAAGUCAUUCUAAGUUGCAUUUUCAGUUCAAUUUGGUUAAACCACUUAAAGCAUUUGUUGUGCUGUGCUAUUUCAGUUGCUUUUGUUUGAUUUGUUCAUUGCAAACACAUGAGAGUCUGUAAAUUUUGACAAUAAAUCUGAUUUAUAAAUGGAGGAUGAAUAAUUUUGACUUCAACUGUAUAUCCUAAAAUGUUCCAUAUCAUAACUCCACUCAGCUAGUGUCAGGGAUAUGUGCGUCCUCAUUUAACUGUACAAAUAUUUAACCAGUCUAGUUGAUCAGGGCUCUUGCGUGAACAAUGAAGGUGGGCAAUGGUGCUGUGUGCAUGCUUAUUGACAGACUAGCUUUAUAUAAAGUAAAGGUGGAUUUCUGUGAGUAUGCAAUGACUGCUCAUUCUAUAGAUAGAAGUUUCCUUUAAGGACAUUAGAGACUAAGGGUGGAGUUAUAAUGCUCAAUAUCUUAUGACGUUAAAGGAACACUUCAAACACCAUAACCACUACAGCAGGCUGAAGAUAGUCUAACAGUUUGCUAACAGGUUCAUUUCUUAUCUGGGAUCUGCCAAUUGCUUCUCAUUGCCUCUCCUCUGUGUGGAGAGCCUUCUAGGAGCUUCCAGUAGCACUCUUGAGCUAAGCACUGCAAUUUAUGACCAACUCAUUUGCUGAGAGCAUCAGCCAGUGUGAACGUCCAAGAGAACAUCUGGCUGCAGAGAGACAAGGAUUGAUGCCCAAUAGACUCCAGGUAAGGAGUCAAAUCGUUAGCAAGCAAUUGAAUACUUAUAGUGGGGGAGAGGGUGUACCAGGGCACUCAUAGCAUUAAAUCCACUAUAGCGUGUGCUUUAAAAUGUGAGCUUGCAAGAGCAUGCUCUUUACACUUUACCAAAAUAAUAAACUGUAGUGUUUAUGGUAUUGGAAUUUUUUUUAAAAUUAUUUAUCAAUUGGCAAUGCAUGUCUCCCAACCAUCCCAAAUUUGUCAGGACAGUCUUGAUUUUCCAGUCCUGUCCCACCUUAGUUUCCUCUCCCUCAUGUCAUGCCUGGAAUGGUUUUCAGUAGACGUGCUUGCGCUAUGAUUAGCGCAUUAGGACUCGAGCACUGAAAUUGUGCUCCUUGCAGAGUCUGCCCUCAGUGGACCAGGUAGCCUGGUGUGCAUUCACACCAGGCUGAACUGCCAUUAACUCUGAUGACUCUCCCGCCCCCUUUCUGGAUGGGUUUUUACCCUUUGGAGGUGGAUACUCCCUCCCACCCAUCAUCCUGAAGAAUGACAUUGCUAUUGCUUUCAUUUAAAAUCUAUUGUGAAGUUGAAUCUUUUCUUAAAUUGGCAAUGUCACUGUUUGGUGACUUUUCCAAAUUUGCAUAGUCCUCCGAUGGUGACAUGGCUGGUAGUGAUCCGGUGGUGUUCGCCGCCAUCUUGAUUCAGCAGGGUCUUCUUCGGCACCGACGUCACUGCUGUACCGUCGCACAUGUGUAAGAGUACAGAAUUGAGGUCUAUGGGGGCGCAGGAUCCUCCAUAGAAGCAGCUAAUUCCCUGCAGCCGGAACUGAUGAAGGCUGCAAGGAUUGACUCUGUGCUCUGCCUGAGUCAAAGAAAGACAGGUGGAGGAGAAAUACAGAAUACCUAAUUUCAUUGAACUUCCAACACAGUCAAAAGUGGUUGUAACGGAACUCCCUGUACCCCUGGCUGGGUACCUCCGUCAAGGACCGCUUCCUAGCUGGAACAAGGGACAAACCUCAGCACUUCUGCCCACAGUCGCCGUGGCUUGACUGGGGUCUGGGAGCCGUUCCCUCCUGGAACCAAAUGUGGAACUCGCUCUAGCAACCCCCAGGCACUGGACGACACUCAGUCCUGUGAGCUCUAGUCCGUACAAGGACUUUUCCCAUUGAAUCCUCCACACUGGAACAGUGAUCAGUUAUCACUUUCUCUUCCCAGUAACCAGACAACACAUAGUCCUGGGAGUACAAGCUGUAAUCUUUUAAUCUGGCCAGAUGGCUUGCUUUUAUACAAUUCUAGACACAGUUAAGCACGCCCCUGACACUCCCACACAAACAAGAUAAUCCCUUUCCUGGACCUGAGAGGGGAUUCGUUACCAGUCCCAAACUCCUCCCCUGUGCCUGAGAGAUAAUUGAGUCAGGAACUGAACUAGCUCAAUUAUCUCCAGACACAAAAAUCCCACAAUUCACAGACAUCCCAAAAAUCCCUUUAAAAUACACAAAAAAAAAAACAUUACAUCCCCUGAUAUCCCCGAUCUUGGUGACCAACAUAUCGAAAAAUCACCCAGAUCGGUUCCGGGUUCGGGAAUUUCCUGGAAGUCCUAAUUUGACCAACCAUACAUGAGGUUCCUGCCCAAAAUAGUUCCAUAAGAUCAGGGCUAGCAGUCGGUCUAGUUCAGUAGUUUGAAACCGAACAAACUACCGAACAUAGUCAAUAUUCUUACCCUGGAGCUUGUUUCCCUUGUUCGUGGGAACAUUUCCACCGAACAGUGUCCUCCUAAGUGUUCUAGAACCGAACGCAGGUGAUGCUGGAAGUCCAGCGGUGUUCAGGAGUUUCUGUGUCCUUUUUCAGUUCCAUGAACACGACGACCAAACACCGCUGCCUGUGUUCGUGCGAACGAGAUUGCCGCCACCUUUUGUUCGUCCAUAGGAAAUGCGGCCACAAGACAAACACCCAGAGAACACUGCGGUGGAAAUUGCUACAAAGUAGCAAUUAUGCUUAACAAGCUCCCGGGUGGUCUCCGGUUCAUGCGGCUGUUCAGUUCCCAAACCAUAUAGUCAAAAUACACGAACAAAGACUUUUAUAGUGCAUAUUACAGGGCCCAUAGUCUAUGGGCAGGAGGCUGUCAAGCAGGCUCCUCCAGGAGCUUGUGGCAAACUCACAUGGGAAGGGGAGUUUGUCACAGUAGUAUUUCAUAAAUAUUCUAUCUUUAUGAAAUACUCAUUUUUGUCGGGUAGGGUGAAGGGGGUAGGGGGCUGACCUUGUCACUUUAAAUAGUUUUUUGAAUUAAUAAUGAAAUUGUAAAAGCAAAUGUGUAGAUUAUACAGUCAACUGUGGUGAAAUGAAAACUGAACUUUAAAAAUUCAAAUUGUUAAUUGGCUAUCAAUUGGGGUCUAGAGAGUGAGAAUGUGGGUUGCUGCUUGAAACCUUUCUUCCAAAAAUUUAAAUAGUGGGAGUGUUUUGGGAUGACUGAACAGUUCUGCAGAAGUAAGGCUGCAGGCAGGAAUGUUUGCUGUCCCGACACAGACUGGGACGGCUUAUUGGGAUGGUAUCUGAGACUGACCAGGCUGCCAGAUUGAUAUCGCUGGAGGUAUUUUCCACUGUCAAUGAGUGAGAUUAGACAGUGAUAUUUAUUAUAUUUAUAACACACUCUGUUAUAUAGGAUUGAGCAAAUCUUUACUGUGAGUAAACCAACUUUUAUUAUUUUUUUUUUAUUAUUAUUAUUUUUAGCGGUACAGAGAGCACUGUUUUGUGUAUUUAUUUUCAUUUUAUACACUGGUGAGCUCUCACUGUGAUAAAACGGCACAUUGAAAGAGACCACUUCUACGAAUGCUGAAAACCACACACUGCUGACCGGCCUAAGCAUACCUUUUCCCAUAUGAUUAAAACCGAGACAAAGAUUAGCAUAUCCACAGACGCAAAUUUUUCCAUCCAAGCAGACAUAUCUGGAGCUUAUUUUAAGCUCCACAAAAAGAUUAUUUGUGCAUUUCCUUUGUUUUAUUUAUAAUCACCAGCAUCAAAAAUACUACACCAAAUUUCGUUUUAUUUGUCCUCUUGUUUUACAUAUCGCUUCAUCUUUAUUUAAGUUGAGGACACUUGUGAAGGCGCUGUUUCCCUGCAUUCCCUUUCUAUUUAUUUAUAUUUGCCCACCUGGCCAAAGGUUGCCAGCCUUUCCUUGCCAAUCAGUGUAUAUAACUGACUUGAAAAAUGUGUCAACCACAGCUAAUUAUGGAUAAAUGUUGCAAUAAAGUUUUCAAUGCACCAAUCUAAUCUAACUUAAUAAAGCUACCCCUUUGUACGCUACCGCCUAUCCACCAACAUUGGGAGACAUUCUUGUCACCAGUGAAGCUCAAAAUGACCAAGUCUUCCCAAAAAAGGGGCUGGUUCCUUACUGACAGGACCUGGCAGGGAGAGUUGCUGAAGAACUCUCUGCAGGAUCCUACUACUCGCUGCAUAGUGCAUUUGCGUGUUCUGAUGCUAGACACCAGGGAACUAAAGAGGGAGGGAGGACGGGACAGGACCCUAAAAACUGAACUGCCCUGCUGUGACUGUUGGGUGGCAUGACACUGGGCUAGACUAGGUUGGUUUGCAGUGCAAAAUAAAAUGUAGCAUUUGUGUGCAAGGUACUGGAAGGAAAGGAGUUACCAGACAUAUUCCCUUUUGAGUCAAAUGAUUUGAAGAAAAAUUAAUUAAUUUUCCCUUUAAAACUAAAUGUUGUUCAUAAAAGCAAUUACUUCAUCUAAUUUAGAUUUCAGUGAAGUGCACCUGGCGUGUUAUAUAACUGCAUACAGGGUUCAUACAGUGGCAGACAUGUAGCCUAUGGCUCUCAGUGCUGAGAUACCUCACAACAUUAAAAAAAACAAAAAAACACUGAAGAGAAACAGGCGUUUUCAAGGUGUUGUGGCUGAAGGAAGCAGAGGUGAGCCAAGGGUCAAUGGACUGGAGUACAUGACUUUUUAGUCUUAUAUAUGGAUGUAGGUAAAUUAUUCUUUUCUUUCCUCAUCUUAUUCCCCUCUCUAUUUAUCUGUCUGUUUCCUUUAUGCACCACAGUCUCUUCCCUUCAUAAUAAUGGGUAUCAUAAGAAACUAAGGGGGAUUUGUCAAGGCAAAACAGGAGCUAUUUUGGAUGGAAAGUUCUACAUUUUGAGAAACAGUAUACUCAGUGGCGAAACUAAUGUAGAGAGGGCCAUGGAGCAAGCAAGUUUUUUGGGCCCCCUCUAGUGCAAUGUGGCCAUCUGUCCAUCAACUACAACAAUGCAAUGCCAGCUGGGACUCUACCAUUUGCUUAUCCUGGCUGGGUCAUAUUUGUGAUCAGUGUUUGUGUGUUUGAAUGUGAGCAUGUUUUUGUAUAGAGUUUAUGUGUGCAUGUAGGGGUGUAUUUGUGUGUACUGUUGCCGUUGGAAUGCAGUGGUGUACUUGUGUGUAUUGUUUGUAUUUGAAUGCAGUCUGUAUGUUGUGUUGGCUUUUAAAUGCAGGUGUGCUUUUGAGUGUAAUGUUGAUGUGUGAGUGAAGGGGUGUGUUUGUAUAUAAUUUUAGUGUUUUAAUACAGGAAUGUGAAUGCAUGUAAUGUUGGCUUUGAAAUGUGAAUGUAGAUUGCAGGAGUAUGUAUACAUUUUGGUGUUUGCUUGGCACAUACAAACAUGCGCUGCCACAUACAUGCAUACUUACACAGACAUACAUUAACACAGACAUACAUUAACUCACAGAUACAAACACAUAAACACACUGAAACAUACACACAAAUUAAUAUCUUUGGCAACUACAUACCCUCAUAAAACCAAGGCCAGACAGGCCCACUGUGAAACCGGGAAAUUUUCCUGGUGUGUCUGCAUUCCAAAAGGUGGGGCAGGCAGCUGCCUAGGACCCACUGACUUGAAGGCGCAAUUGCCAGGUGACCGGCAGGAGGGGAGCACACAGAACAACACUUCCCUUCCUGCCAUUCACUUCAUGUAGCAUGGCUGUGCAGACCGUGGUAGAGGAUCUUUUGCAUUCUCUACCCAGUUUAACAGAAAACGCUUGCUGGGAGCAACAAACAGCUUCCUGUUAAAUCGGAUAAAGGAUACAAAAUAUCCUCCACUGCAGUCCAUGUGUCCAUAUUACAUGGAGGCACGUCAGUAGGCACAGGAAGGGAGAGGGAGUGAGACCUCACAGGAAGUGGAGGAAUGGGAGAGACCACAAAAGGAGGGGGGUGCUGUGAGAAAGAUACACUGAGGAGCUUGGGGUGUGAAAAGGGGGCUGGAGAAGAGAAAGAGACAUGCAGAAGGGCUUGGAGAGAGAAAGACACACAGAGGGACUGGGGGGAGAAAGAGACACACAGAGGGGCUGUGGGAAGAAAGACACACAGAGGGGCUGGGUGGAGAAAGAGGUGCACAGAAGAACUAAGGAGUGGCUGUGGGUGGGGAAAUAGAGACAAACAGAGGUGCUCAUGGGAGAAUGAGACACACAGAAGGGCUGGGUGCCAUUUUACUGCACUAUGGUAAAGAGCACACUCAUAGGACUUCAAAAUAAUAAUAAUAAUAAUAAAGUAUUUAACCAGGAAAGGCACAUUCAGAUAUUAUCUGGUUUCCAAGUAAUCCUGGGGAUGUUACUUUUGCCCAACAUCCAGGAGAUGUUACUAUUACCCAAUUUAAUGGUACUCAAAUAAACAAGAUACCAUUUUUUUCACAGCCGUGCUACAGUAUACAUUCACCAUUUCAGACUUCACUUAUGUCAAGGUAGUUGGACUGAAACGUUGAUGAUAUGGAAAUACACGUCUGCUUAAAAUAAAUCCACUUUUUGUUUAUUUUGAAGCCCUGUGAGUGCUUUCUUUCACGUUGGAGUAAUAGUUUUCACUUUUAAGUUAUCUUUUUCACCUUUAUAAGUGCACGCUAUGCUGGCUCAACGCAUUAUUGGACUAGUAUAAAAAAAACUUUUUUGCAGGGCUGCUUUUAGUUCCCAGUCCGAUGCUCUUUUUCUUCUUUUUUCUUGUACCCAUCUGCCACAACAUUCGACUACUUUGACUUAUAAUAUCAAGGCUUAAUUGUAAUAAUAACACACUUAAAGAAAAAAUUGUAAAUUAAAUGAUAUUUCAUAGUUACCAUUAACUUAGAUAUAUUUAAAGAGAGAGCAUAAUGUUUACAGUGAUAAAAUAAACAUACAAGAGUAUUAAGUGUUUAUUUAGUGAUCAUCAUUUAGGGGUUGAUUUGGCAAGAACAACAUGUGAUUUACAUCAGAACUCUGGACGUUGAAAGAUAACUUACUAACUAAUGAAUUGUUAGUAUUAUUUUGAUUCUAUGCCACUCAUAGAGAUCUAUUCAAACUAUACCUUUAUAAACCCUGUGCUUUUAUCAAUAAAUUGAUGAAUUGUCACAUUGCACUAGAAACUCUGUCAGUUUGAUUAUUCUUCUUGAAUAAACAAGGGCAUAUCCAUAAAUUGUUCAGUUCUCCAGGUAAAGAGAUGGUUGGCUAACCAUAAGAGAAGUCCGGGCAGGAAAGAACCCUAACAGGGUGCUAGGCAGCUGAUUCGUAAAAUCUGUGUGAGACCAAUUAAGGGCAAGAAAAGUGGUAAAAAUAAAUAAAUCCUUGCUCCCAGGCUCCCAGAGGGCACCCCUUGAUAUCCUGUUGCUCAGGGGCUCUGUGAGUUUUCAACCCACUUCUGCCUUAUUGUACCAUAACUACUACAUUAAUCUAUAGUGGACAUGGUGUACGGCGUGUACCUUUAAUUGCCCUAUAAUUGUGCUAUACAGCAGAGUCUGUAAUUUAAGGAGGGAUGGACUUUCCUGCACUUUGCUAGGUAAGGUCAGGCUAAACAUUCUCUUCCUGUCUGCAGUACAUUCCCAGUUGAACAGGAUGUAUGUGCUCAACACAAUGUUACUUAGUAACACACUUUGUACUACAACAACAAAAAAAGGAUAAACAGCAGAUAACUCAUUUCAUGUUUGGAUAGUGUCACUAUAGCUAGUGUAGUUAUCAAGCUGAGGGAGACAUUUAUGGGUUUUAUAUAUUAAAUUUAAAAUGUGUAAAAUGCAUGAUUCAGUGAAUGUAUGUGGCAAUUAUGUGGCAAUGACAGCCUCUAGCCAUUACUAAAUAAUUGUUUUAAUUACUGUGUUGUCAGGUCCCAGCCAACUUCAUCCACAUUUCUACGGGAAUCGUAAUUUUGAUGACAAAUAGGAUUUUCAUAUUUUCUAUUCAUAUAAAGCUAUCUAUGAAUAAUUAAGAAUGGCCUAAUAAGAUAAAUAGCAUAUAUUAUUGGUGAAUAGGUAUGCACACAUUCUGUACAUUAUGCUGGCUAUAUCACCUUCCAUUGGAAUGUGUGAGUGGCUGCAUGCCUAAAUCACUUGUGCAGUGUCCCCAAAGCACGACGUAUGAUGUUGUUUGCGUGUGCAGCUAGCGGAGUGUCAUUGUCAUUAUGGCCACUGUGGCAGCUGUUAAUACAUUCUGACCUAUACAUAUGCUAGCCUUUUAGCUAAGCCAAUACAGAACAAAAUAUUAGCACUACAAAAAAGGACAAACCUGCAUGAGACAUGGAUUUUAAGGUGCCAAAUACAUGAAAGAAACUAGAUACGAAUAGUCUUGGUGUUGGAGUUCCAAGAACAAAAUUGGGGUUCUGCUGUGAUUUGCCGAUCGACUGGCCCAUUAACUUGGGGCCACCCGAACGGUAUCGCUGAAAUUAUGUAUUAUUGGAUGCUGGAAGGAGCUGACAGAGUGUCACUUCUGCCCAGACUUGGAGCAUGCCGAGCAGGACUGAGAGAAGGCAGGGGAAGGGAGAGUGCAGUAGCCAGCAGCACCCCAGCUCCCCAGCACCCCACUCCAACACCCAGCAUCCAGCACUCCAAUACCCAGCAUCCAGCACUUCAACACCCAGCAUCCACCACGCAAUACACAGCAGCAGCACUCCAGCACCCAGCUCCAACACCCAGCAGCUGCACUCCUGUGUUAACCUAAGUGUGUGUAUGUGCCAAUGUGUGUAUCUAGGUGUCAAUGUAUGUAUCUGUCAGUGUGUGCAUCUGUGUCAGUGUAUCUGUCAGUGUGUGCAUAUGCAUGUGCCAGUGUGUGUAUCUCUGUGUCAAUGUGUAUGUGCCAGUGUGUAUGUGCCAGUGUAUAUCUAUGUAAGUGUGUAUAUGCAGACAUCCUAGCAAUCAAACACCAACACAACAUGCAAACACAAACAUGACAUACAAAGACACCCCUGAACUCCAACUCUAAAAUUAGUUACUUACACUCAAACACACCCUUCACUCAAACACCAAUACUACACACAAAUGUACAUCCACAUUAAAAUCCAACACUACAUCCAAACACACCACUGCACGUAGUUGUAAGCAUAACAUACAAACUCACCCCUUUAUUAAAAUGCUAAACUGAUGUACAAACACCAACUCUACACACAGAAGCACAAGGCUGCUCCUAAGUACUACAAUCUGUUUACUGUCCGUAGAAAUUUGCCAAAUAUAUAAAACAUUACGCUCUGUUAAUUGAAAGGUUUAUGCUACGGCGCUACAUUUUUUCAGGGGUUCCACAAUGUUGGUACAGUAUGUCAAAGGGUUCCACGAGAAAAAUUAAUUGGAAACCCCUGACCUAGUCAUAUAGUUAAAUACUGUUUCCUUUCCUGUGAAAUAAACAACCUGUAGAGCAUUUUAAGAUCAAAUCCACACAGAAAAAAAACAAGCAAACAAUGAACAUAUUUCUACAUAAAACAUGGGUCCAUCUACAGUAGCGCCUGGAUAUAGUUAGGAGUUUAUUUACUAAAGACCACAUUUUGUCUGAAUGGACAAAAUGCUGUGAAAAUGGCCAAAAUCUGACAGGAAUACCAAUGCUUAUAUAAACUAAAGCCAUCUUGAAAUUCGCUCAAAUCAACUGAAUCUGCACCAGUCAGCUGAAUGCAUUAGGUGUAUGGAUUAAAAUCAGAUUAGCAGAAAGCAAGAGAAACAACAAUUUUAAGUAGUAUUUGCCCACUGACAGUACUAGCAGGCAAAUAGUUUGGAUUCUUAAAACCCAAGCCCUGAUUUUAAACAUACAGACUUAAGCUAUCUUUUGGUCCAACUGAAAUUCAUGCUUGUUUGGAGCCUGCAUUGCAAAGUCAAAAAAAUUGUGGUGUGAACAUUUUGCAAUCUAAAUGGCCAUUUGGUGUAAAUAAAUAGAUAGCCGAAUAGACCCCCUAGACCGGAAACCCAUCCAAUGCAGAAUGCAAGAGGGGGAGAAAAAAAAGUAUAAUUUAUUAUUAUUAUUUUUAAAUGUGUAUUAUCCUGGGAAAUGCACUGCUAGACAGAUUUCAUGUGUUCUCCAUACGUGUCUAACAAAAUAACAAUCAUCCGAUUGAGAAGGCUGUAGAAUGCAAGCCCCGUUAAUCACAUAAAAAACAAAGAACAAUGUUUUACUCAGUCACAGAGCAGGUGACAAAUCUUUACUAUUCAAAGAAAAUACGUGGAAAUUCUGGAGCAUACAUAAUAACAAAAUAAGAACUACAUGGAAAAUCUGAGCAAAGUACUGCACUGGAAACUUUUUUUAUGAUUAUAGACAACAGGUUAUACAGACAUUUGCCACCUGCAUAUUUUAAUCCACGGAUAGCAACAGGGUUUCCACGAUUAACACAAUAAAUAGUUGGGGUUUUUAUUACUGUACAUGGUAAAUGGUCUUUUUCAGUGGUAUACAAAUGGUGACAUUUUGCAUUAUAUAGCAAAAACAAAAAAGCAAAGGCAAUAGUUAUUGUAGUGUUAAAUACCUGUUUAGUAACUAUUUGUAGAAAAUAAAUUGCCUGCAUGUCAGGGAAUUAACCUGCAGCUAUAUUUACUUAAGGCUGGGGUAUAGGUGAAUGUGUGGAUACUUAAAAGUGAAAAGCUGAAAACAGCUGUGCAUGCAUGAUCAGCUAUUCACUAUUGUCAGAGUAACUCUUUUGGCCUUAACCCAGAAAGGACCAAUGACAUUUGAGGACUGUUGGAAUAUGUACAGUGGUUAAUUAAGACUUGGUUGAGGAGCUGAACACAGGGAAAUUGAGAUAUCAGCUAGUUUUCUACCCAGUUUAGAGUAGUCCUCCAUUUGUAUUGAAUUGGAUUGGGUCAAGAAAAAGCUUAGAUGUCGAAUAUUGUGAAGGUGCAUUGAUUUAUGAAAAAUUUUACUGUCUGGUGUAGGCGCAGAAUAACAGUAAUAAGCAAUCCUAGGAGUAUUUGCAGGGGUGUUGCUAAUGGGGACUAACUGGGGUCCUGAAAAGCCCCAUGUAUAAUUUCUUUAUAAAAUUGUUAUGUAAUUACUACUUUUUUUAGUACAAGCUAUUCUCAGCAGAACUCAGCAGAAGCUUUUUACAAUAAUACAUUCUCCACAUUCUACAUGAGAGCUCAUCUCUACUAUAAGGGAUUCUCACAAACUAACUUUGUUUUGGAUCAUCCCCAAAAUGCGUUGAACUUUUUGGAAAGUGAAGCUGGAAAAUGUGGUUCAUUUUAUCUGUGAAUAAUGGUGGGAAUGAAAUCGCACAACAUGCUUUCGCUAUCAUGAAAAAGCUUGGUGCUCUGUCCAGCAAAGAUAUGUCCAGUCUGACAAAUUGGAUGUUUCUGGAAAUUUUUUUAUUUUUUUUCCUUUUUCUGGAUUUUAUGAGAUAAAAGAGAUCAGUAACAUUGUAUAACCAGCUACCAUAAAUAAUACAAGUAUUUUUUUCAUUAUAAAAUCUGGAAGAAAAAAAACCUUUUACUGUUGCCUUCGUGUAAUAUUGGGAAAAUGUGGUGGAGGCAGGUGGGGGUACACAAUAAAAAGAGUGGGUCCCACUCUUGAUGUAUGGAUGUGAUUUCUCUUGUAGUACUUUAAGAAAGGAAAAUGAUCACCCAAUAAGACUAAAUAUACUAAAAGCAGUAAUAAUAUCAAUACAGCUUUUUGGUUAUGUUACUGUAUUAAGACAGAGAUCCCCUACUUCAGGGACCAGCCUGUACUAUUUUUAAAGUUAGUCUGCUUGGGCCUAAAACUUUACAUUCACAUUGAAUUCCCAGCAAUUCAUAAUUUAGCAAGUAACCCUGUACUACAUUGUACUGUUAUCUUGUGCAAGUCUAUUGUGGGUUCAGCAGUUUGAAAAAACAAAAACAUUCUCAUAACACCACUGCCACCAGCAUGUGCCAUUGACUUAUGGAUACAGUGGCGUACAUACCAGGGUCGCAGGGGUCGCGGCUGCGACCGGGCCUGGCCCACCAGGGGGCCCGGCCGCCCUUGCGACCCGGUAUGUACCCACAGGGCCAGCCUCUUCCCCUGGGGGGCCCAGGAGCCGACCACCCCAGGGCCCCCUGAGGCUGGCCAUGCUGACACCCGGCAGGCGGGUGGCCAGUCGGGCAGGCGGGCGCGCGAGGGAGCACUCAGUGCUUCCUCUUCAGCUCCCUCGCGCACCGCACUGAUACCGGAGCCGGAGGCGUCAUCUUCCGGCACCGGCAUCCCUACGCGGCGUGCGUGAGUGAGCUGAAGAGGAAGCACUGAGUGCUCUCUCGCGCGCCCGCCUGCCCGACCGGCCACCCGCCCAGGAGCCCAGCAGCACCACUGGACCCCAGGGAAUCUCCCCAGCACUCCAAAAGGUAAGGAGGCUGGGAGGAUUACAUUUAAAAAAAAACUAGUGUUAGUGUUUGAGUGUGUGUGAGUGUUAGAGUGAGUGUUAGAGUGAGUGUUAGAGUGAGUGUUAGAGUGAGUGUUUGUGUGUGUGUCUGCUAGUGAGUGUCAGUGAGUGUGUUACUGUGUGUGUCUUACUGAGUGUGUGUGUGUUUUAGUGAGUCAGUUUGAUGUCUGUUAGUGAGUGUGUGUGUGUUUGUCAAUGAGAGUGUAUGUUUUGUAAGUGAGUGUGUAUGUAUGUCUGUCGCUGAGUGUGUCUCUGUCAGUAAAUGUGUGUCUGUUAGCUAGUGUGUAUGCGUCUGUAAGUGUGUGUGUGUCUUCAGCACUUACCUUUCUCCAGCGCCAGACUCCCUUGGCGCUGGGGAUCCCUCAGCCUCUCAGCUCCGAAUGCGACCGCGCACACAUUCAAACCGCCCAUAGGAAAGCAUUACUCAAUGCUUUCCUAUGGACGUUCAGUGUGCUCCUCUAGCGGCUGUCAGUGGCUUCUCUGAAACUGCUAUGUUUUCAGCUGCAGGGUUAAAACUAGAGGGACCUGACACCCAGACAACUUCAUUGAGCUGAUGUGAUCUGGGUGUCUGUAGUGGUCCUUUAAGUGUGUGUGCAUCUGCAUGCACUGGCGUACAUACCGCGGUCGCAGGGGUCGCAGCCCUGUAACCCCUGCGACCAGGUGCCCACCGCCAUGUGUUGCGGCCCGCGCGGGGGGGCCCACGGAUCAAUUUUCGCACCGGGGCCCCAUGGGUCAUGUGUAUGCCACUGUAUGGAUGCAACUAGUUUACACAAAAAUCUAGCCCUACCAUACGCAAACCAUAAAAGAAAUAACAUUUUGCCUGCUUAGACAUUUUUUAAUGAUCUGACCCUGGCAAUUUUCUAAAUAUUAACACUUUAUGCUUAGCAAGAUAAUAUGGAAUGACCAAACCAUUCUAAAACCAAUACAUGCAAACACAUAGCUCACCAGAAUGUUAAUAUAUAUGUCAUCUACCUCUACUGUUUGAGUAGAUAUUUCAGUUAUGUACUUCAGGUAUGUACUUCACAAGUAACGCCAAGCCUCCAUAGCAAGCCCGUAACCAACCUCAUGCAUUAACAACAAAAUGGCUGUCCAUGAGUUGUUCACUGCCUUUGCUCCUCUUCCUGAGUUGUGUUUCAAAGCUGUUGUAUACAGCAGACACAAAGGAAUCCAUGUAUAAAGUGGAAUUAUGGCAAAAAUGUGUCUUUGUUAAGCUCAUCUGCAUACGCCUACCCAGAAUCCCUUGCAGUAGUGAGAGCACUGUUAAAGUGAGAUUUCUGUGGGAAAAACAAAACUCAUGGCUUGACUGGUGCAAUGUAUUAUAUAUAUAUAUAUAUAUUUAUAUAUAUAUAUAUAUAUAUAUAUAAAUAGAAAAUAUACCGGCACUCCUAGGUUUUCCAAGACAAUAUUCUUUAUUCCAAAUCAGUACAUCAACGUUUCAGCUCCAGCCUGGCUGUCCUGAUGAAAGCUCCACAAUAGAGCUGAAACGUUGAUGUACUGAUUUGGAAUAAAGAAUAUUGUCUUGAAAAACCUAGGAGUGCCGGUAUAUUUUCUGUUUAUAUCUUUGAGCAACCAGAGCACCAGGUACUAUCGCAAUUUUGUUGGAGUGCAAGAGCUUUUUGUGAUUUAUGAUUUAUGAUUUAUAUAUAUAUAUGUAUAUAUAUAUAUAUGACUUAAAGAAAAAUGUCCAAAGAAGAAGAUGACUUCACAUUUCACAUUUUCCUUCAUUUGAAGGAAGGGCUUUUUUCAUGUGGAUAUGAGUAGUCACCCCAUGUGGAUGCACAUCAAUAUAAAACAAUUCUAAAGGACCAUUUGGAUGUUGAAUAAUGAACUGUGCAGCUUCAAAGGACAAUAUACAGAAUGUUGUAUAAUGAUUCAUGAAAGCCAAAUUCUGUCCCGUGCAGCUUAAUCCACCCAAGGAAAUGACUUAAAUAGUUGAGGUUCGCUGACUCAGAACGUGCAGCAUUGGAUUUUCUGGAAGUAAUGUCCCAUGAUACUAAUUGUUUCUUCUUUAUACCUGUAUAAUAAUUUUAUUUGCCAAUAGUAUUUAACUAAACAAAUGUAUAGGGUCAACAUUAAGGUUGGCAAAAAUUACAAAUGAACAUGGGUUCUAAGAACAGACAGAUUUUUUUUUAGUAGGGACACUUGGGAGGUUUGGUAAAUUGUCAAAGCAAACUGGUUAUUUCUUUUCAUUCUUUUUUUUUUCUGAGGUACUCUGUUUUUUAACAUCUUUGCUGUUUAUCUAUAUGUUUCCGAGCUGCAAAUAUUUAGCUUCAUCAACAUUUGGUUCCCAUUCCUCUAAUAAAUAAACUUAUCUUUGUCAAUCAAACAUUCCUUAUGUAAUCUCAUCUACACUUUAACGAACAUGUUACAUUUGAAUGUUUGCAUGUUUGAGUGGUUACUACUAUCUAUCCUGCAUUCUAGAUUUAGGCUUACCAUUAUCUAGAUCAGAACUAGAUUCUCUCAAACAGAGGAGAGGUGUGUUAUUAAAUACUGAAGCUAGUGAUGUAGCUAUAAGCAUGUAUAUCUAAGUCACUGUGUUAGCAACAGCAUUGGGUAUAGUUGUGACAUAUGGUCCUGAAAUUGCCUGACCUAGAAAAAACAUAUGAAUUCUUUUAAAACACUCACCUCCUGAAUAUUUGCUUUGUUGGUGUCAGUAUUUGCUGUAUUUUCAAAGACAUAUAUAAAUAUACAGUUAAAUAUAUAUUACAUAAACUCAACCUAAUGACCUCAACUACUAUAUAAGUAAAUAUCGCCUAUCGCAUAACAUACAAAAAACAAGUAAGACUUAUUAAUCAAAACCAAAAAUAAUUAACCUGGGGUGUGAAAAUAAAAAUAAAAUUAACAUAACAGAUUUAAAUGGAGGAUGGAAGCAAUGAGAAAAUAGGUUUGUUCACUAAUAAGUUGACAAUAGAACUGUAAACUGGGCUUGUUCAUAAUAUAUACUAAAUUCUACAUCAAAAGAAGUACCAAGGACUGGAUCUUGGAUUGGAUUCACUUUUAUACAAGGUAAUUUUAAAGUUUGUGGAGACUCGCAAAUCUUCCAUUAGUAUCAAUCUGACUCCAAGUGUCUAACCUCGUGGUACACACUCCCUGCAGCUUAGAUUUAUAAAGGGGGAACCAAAGCUAUCUACUUGAGGUGUUGUCACCAGGGGGCUACCCUGCAUUAUAUCUGGUGGUUAUGCACCUCUCUACUUAGCCGUAAUCGGAAUCUGAUACGAUAUGUCCAAAGAUAGAUAUGAAAUAUAUGUCUAUUUCAUACUUAUGGACACUCUACGUGGAGUCUCUGUGUCGGGCUCUCCACUGGGAGCUUUGACAAUAGGCCAUUGCUAUCACAUAAAAGGGGACUUAGUGACCCAGUGUCUCUGCCGUUACCCAGUGUUUCUAAAUUGCAUGAAUGUGUAAUUGACCUACAAGCUUUUCCCAGUCCACGUAUGUUUUUGAGAAGAGUUUAAAAAGGCAAAAGUGCUCUCCUUUCAAUUUCCUUCCCCUUUUUUUCUCUUUUAUUAUCCCUCCUUGCUAUAUCGUCUUUGCAUGCAAUGUUUUUUUUACCACAGCUCUUCCUGUUCGCUGUCUUCUAGAUCCAUAUUUCCUUUUCCUUGAAAAAACAUUUGUGUUACUUACAAACUUUGUUUUAUAGUUUGCACUAUGCCAUUUUAAAACGGCAAACUCAAAUAAUUUUUUCUGAUAUACACAUAAAACCUCAUUAUAGUAAUAAUUUUCAAACAAUAAUUCAGGACACAUUUUGUAUUUAUAUAUAUUUCAACUUACUCAAUAAAAAUCUCAGCUUUAAAGAAAUAUUGUUAUAAUAUCAAUAAUAAUAGUGUUGUUGUGUUUUUAAUUAUUUUGCCAGUAUAUAGCCCACAACAGUAAAGAUUUCCACAGCCUCCAGUUCAUCUUGCGAUGAACUAGCUAUACAGUAUAUUGAUAAAGCAAAUGUUAGAUUAGUGAAUUAUGUUUGUGACACAUCAGAAGUUAUAUGCGAUUGUGCAGAUGCACUGGUUAAAUUUUGUUCACUAUGUGUUCGUAUCAUGUGCUGCAAUUGUUACAGUAAAGUAGGCUGGGUUUACAUCUACAUCCGGCCUUUAUAUAAUUGUUUCUUUAUUUAGAGAACUGCCAAUUGUUCCUGAAGAUUUUGGACAUUGUAGAAUCCUACAGAAUAAUUUAGCUAUUCCUGUGCCCUUAUUCACCUCUUGCCCCUUUCCUUUUGAAAGAGUUAUUUUUACAACAUAUUCAGGAAAUGAAUCAAAUAGGUUCCCUCCCUUUGGCAAACUCCCUUGAAUUGUAUGAAGAGCCAUGAAAAAAGAUCAAUGACAGGUACCUUUUGAACUUGGAUGGUAUAUUUAAAGCAUAUAUAUCAUUUGUAAGAGACAGGUAUACAGUCAUGGAAAAAUGCACUCUUUUUUAAUUUUAUGGUUUUACAUAUCAGGGCACAACAAUCACUGUUCCUUACUAGGUCUUUAAAUUAAGGUAAAUACAAGACAAACAACAACAACACAUGACAUAUUACACUGUGUGAUGAUUUAUUUAACAUAAAUAAUGCCAAAAUGGAGAAGCCAUGUACUAAGUACACCUUAUGACUCAAUAGCUGGUCGAACCACCUUUAGCAGCAAUUACCUGAAGUAAUAGUUUUCUGUAUGAAUAAAUCUAUAAAUCUCUCGCAUUGUAAUUUUGUCACACUUUUCUUUACAAUGGUGCUUCAGUUCAUUGAGGUUUUCAGCUCUCUUAAGGUCCCGCCACAGUAUUUCAAUGUGGUUGUGGUCUGGACUUUGACUUGGUGAUUACAGCAGCCCACCUGUCGUAGAUUAGCUGGUGUGCCUGGGAUCAUUGUCCUGUUGCAUGACUCAGUCUCGGGAAGGCUUUAGCUGUCAGACAGAGAGGCUUACAUUUGCCUCUAGAAUACUUUGGUAUACAGAGGAGUUCAUGGUCGACACAAUGGCUGCAAGGUUCCUAGGACAUGUGGCUGCAAAACGAGCCCAAAUCAUCACCCCUCCAUCACCAUGCUUGACAGUUGGUAUGAGGUGUUUGUGAUGAUAAUAUAUGUUUGGUUUUCGCCAAACAUGGCAUUGUGCAUUAUGGCCAAACAUCUCCACUUUGGUCUUCUCUGUCCAAAGGACAUUGUUCCAGAAGUCUUGUGGUUUGUUCAGAUGUAACUCUGCAAACCUAAGCUGUGCUGCCAUGUACUUUUUAGAGAGAAGAAUGCUAAAUCAUUACACGUUGUAAUAUGUCAUGUGUUGUUCAUCUGAGAUUGUAUAUACCUCAUUUUAAGACCUGCAAAGGAACAGGUGAUUGUUAUUAUGUAUUGAUAUGUAAAAUCAUAGAAUUCAAAAUGAGUGUACCUUCUUUUUCCCAUGACUGCAUCAUCUCAUCUAUAGUUCCCCUUAACCCUUGUAACACCAUUAAGGGGCACUAUCGUACCCAGAACAACUGCAGCUUAUUGUGGUUGUACUGUCUAUAGCAUGUCACUGCAGGCAUUUUAAAGUAAACCAUGAUUUUUAGAGAAAAGGCAGUGUUUCCAUUACUGCCUAGUAACACCUCCCCGCAAAGAUGCACUGAUUUAAUGCAUCUCUAUGAGGAGAUGCUGAUUGUUGCAGGACAUAUUUUUGCAUGCGCAAUAACCUCCCAAUGUGUUCCUGUAGAAAAGCAUUGGACCGGCUGAGAUCAUCAGAGUAGAGAAAGGUGGGCCAGAAUCAGCGAGACCGGUGACUAAACUCACCCUUUUACGAUAAAGAAAGGGGGUCCGGAAUACCGUUUGUGUUCCUGACAGUACAGAGUUUCUUUAAUGUGUGUAGAAACUGCUCGAACGAUAUUCAGAUUUGCUACUAAACACAAAUCUCAGUGUGUAUUCCACGCAUAUUUCCUAAUAAUAUAAUUCCUAAAACAUAUAAGCAACUACAUCUGGUAGUACCCCUUCCUCUAAACACACCACCAGAAAUUCUCCUUUAGGUGUAAAUCUCACAGGAAUCAUUCUCUAAUACAAAGGGAAGAUUUAAUUAUAGAUAGACUAAAUAUGGAUGACAGUAGUUUUGGGUGGCAAUGCACAUUUAACCCUACCUUAAAGGGGCUUUCUAAGCAACACACACACUACAGCUAGAUCUAAUCAUUAGGUUGCCUACAAUCCCGUGACAGUCUCCCAGUUUAAUAUCAAACUUCUGAAGUACAGUUUGAUAAAAAACUGUGUCUCUUUCCGGCAUCUGCAUUGAUAAUGCUACAUUAAUACAUUCAAUGUCAAUAUCAUUAAAUCUGGACAACCUUGAUUUACUGAGAAUGCUAGGGGCAGGUGAACUGGGAAGAGUCUAAGUCUAUAGCAAACCUUUCUUAAAGGAAAUUUCCAUGCACUAUAACAAUAUAACACACUGGUAGCCCCCCUUUCCCUCAAAAUAUGUUGUCAAACUGUUUUAGAACAUUUUAACUGCUUAUUUGGCAUGUGUUCUCCACUUCUCUGCAGCUUCCAGGUGAGCUUGAAGCCAUUAGCUCUCCCGAACUAAGCCCUAUAGGGCAAGCUCAGCCUCCAGGAACGUUUAAAUCUGUUAGCUGUCUUAACUUAAGCCCAUUUGCUGAUUGCUCUUUCAGUGAGAUAAUCACUGUAUCAGGCUUACCUUGGUGGAGCUGAUUAGACCUCCUUGCAGGAGCUUCUGGCUCCACAUGAGCACAUGACUGACCAGUCCACUGCCCGAUCAUCCUCAAUUGGUUUCAAUACUUACCUAGGGGGGCUCAAGGGCACUCCAGGCACCAUAACCACUAUAGCAUUCUGAAUACCAUGCGUCAUAUAUAAAUCAUGACUCCUCAGAUACAUAUUAUUGUCAGAAGUGAGUUAUCCAAAUCAUUAGUUACACAAAGGUUAUACAUGUUUGUGUAGUGGCUACAGAUGGAAUCUAACAAUAGGAUUUGUCAGUGAUGCAGAAGGAGAAAGUAGGCUCUUUGUAACAAUGUACUUAUUUAGUCCUCUCUGGGCCUGCUGGCUUUAGGAUAUUCUGUAGCCACAGGAAAUUUUGACAAGUUUCUACAAAUUCCAAUUAUAUUAGUGUUACAAUUUUUUAAUUUCAAUAAAAUACAUUAUAUUUCUUCAAAGGUCUCCUGUGAUUCCUUUCCUGUCUACAGUGUCUGUCAUCCGGUAAAGGAAGCAGUGUAAUUAACCCAGGGAGGUGUCUGCUGUUUGUCCCUAAUGUGACAUGAUUCCUUUUUUUUUUAUUAUUAUUAUAACAAUGGUUAUGUUUCUAUAAAUGACAUAUCCAGUUUCAAAAACAAAUUUUUAGAAGCAACAUUUCUAGCUUAUAGUGAUACGAUGGAAAAAGUGUGAUCCUGUGCAUUCCAGUCUCGACAAAAACCAUGACUUCAUUUGAACGAUCAUCAUGGUUCGUACAUAGGGUUGACUGUAGUGAAAACAAGAAGUGCCAAAAGGUACCCCCAGAUAUUGUAGAACUGCAACUCCUAUAAAGGAAGGCUAUGUGUUAUCCGUCACUGGAUCUGUAGACCUGAAUUUACAAUAAAGGUUAGGGGCUGAGCAUCAUAUGGUCCCAUUACUUUGUAGUGCUACUUAAACUCCUGUUUUCUUAUAUAGUAUGCAUCCUUCAAUUCAUACAAGUUACUACCAUUUCAAAGUUAGAUGCUUUGCUAACCACUUUAUUAAUAUAUAUAGUGUGAAUUAAUGGAUGUAAAAUAAACUAUAAUACCACAAGAAAAUGUUGCACAGUAGAUAACUAAAUCCUAAGAAAAUUAAAUAAAUUACAUUUGUAUUUUUUUUUUUGUACCAGCUUUGUAGAUAGUAGACCAAGUCAAUAUAUGAAGAAGACAUAGCUAGUUUCUUGCCCCAUUACCUAUUUAAUAGUUGGUCCCCAAUGCAUUAGAUCUUAAAGUAUCAUAAGUGUCAUAAUGUUUAAUUAUUAUUGAAACUAAAAGAUUACAUGUAUUAUAACCUCUGUGGAUAUUCAUUUAUUUGUAAUGCAUACUUUUAAGUAAAUUUCUAUUUUCUGUGUGUCUCCUGGCUUAACAUUGCUCUGGAAGAGGCCACCUUAAAAAAACAUUUGUCCAGAACUGCUAGGUUCUGGAUAAGUGGUGCAGUGCUUAUGACCAAAGAAUAUUUAAAAAUAGUUGUGUCCAUAUAACAGAACUAAGCUGCAAAAAAACGCAAGUAAUGUAUGCAUUAUAAAAUAAUACACACAGGAGCUAUAAUACCUAUUAUUUAAAGCAGCUUUGUCACUUCUCACUAUUUCAUAAAGAUACAUGCGUUGGGUAACUAAAUCUUUUUUUCAAUGCACCCCCAGACUCUAACUGGAGAUGUCACCUGUGGGGGACUUUACAAAAGUUUAUGUUUAAAGUAUUACCGUUUUCCUUUUUCGUUCAAACUGAUCCCAACAAAUUUUGCAAGUCACCAAAAAACAAAGAGGUGAUUAUGUUUCAAGUUCACUUUAAACAUAAAUUGGGCUACAAACCAUUGGGUGGUCUUCCAGCUGACUCAUAACAAUGAAAGAAUGCAAGGGGAUGUGUGGAAUUCAAAAGAAUGGAAAACAAAAAGUUCUGCUUUUCAAAAUGAAGUGCUAUUGGGACAGGGGAAGAAAUGCCUUUCUAAUUUUGGUUUGCUUAUCAAUGGGCACAAAUCAGCUUCUGAUUACCCUUUUACAAUGUAAUGAUUAUGUGGAAAUCUGUUCAAAAAGAUCUAUGCCUUUAAUUGUGAACAUUUGCUUUUAACUGUGGAUAUUACGUAUUUUAUUCUUAACUUCUAAAGUAGCUAAAUAGUGUGCUUUGUGAUCAGCUGAUUUCCACCACAUAUUAGCACAUAUUGCUCGGAACCAAAAAAAAAAAAAGUAUUGCUAAAACCUUAUUAAACAGCUAAUUAGAGACUCCUUUUAUUACUGAAAGAUAUAAGAAAUAGCACUAAACUAAAAUGACAUAUUGGUAAGGUCUGCUUUGGAAUACAAAUACAUAAGAAAUGCAGGCAUUUUGGAACUAAAAUGUGGUCUCAGUUUAACUUUUAACACCUUAGUUGGGCAAGGGUUAUUUACUAAAGUGAGAAUUCAAAGUGAAUUCAAGGUGAAUUUAAAAUCUACAUUCAAAAGAGCAAAUCUGGCUUUCAGUUCAACUAUUCUGGCAUUAAAUUUAAAAUUCACAUUGAAUUCUCACAUUAGUGAAUAAACCUGUCAACGUCAUAUCAUAAUUAUUCAUAAACUUUGUAUAUAACACAAUACCUUUUUAGAAUUAUAAAAUAUCCAUCCAAGACUAUUGACUGUCAGCGUUCCAAGUCUGUGAUUUUUAGGUUAAAUCAUUUUUUGUAAAUAGUUUUUUAUGAUCUAGUAGUCAUAUUUUUCUGCAUGUGUAGUGACUACACACAGUUACUGAUCACUGGUCGACUCUGUGCCAUAUAAAUGUGAUAGAGGGAUUUUUAUAAAAAUGUAACUUACAGAAAAUUGUUUAUUUGUAAAAGUGAAUGAAUUAUCACAAAAAAACAACAAAAAUGUAAACAGUAGGUAUAAGUAGUUGCUUCACUUUUAGAACUCUAUCCUGCUUUUCCAUUAGUCAUACAGUGUCCCCAAUAGUCCCAGGUUUGGUAGGACAGUUCCACUUUUAGACUGCUGUCCCACCAACCUGGGUUUGUUCCGUAGUGUCCCCAUCUAAAGAUACAUUAGUCAAGUGCCUCUAGACACAGUCAUGUUAUACCAACUACACCCAAGGUAUUCAACCCAUAGACAGAGUUCUUUAUGCCCCAGAGUGGGGUUGACCAGCACAUGGCCAAUCAACCUGGCAUGAAAUUUCUACCAGACUAACACACCACUUUUUGGAUAGUGUACCCCCUUUCUGGCAUUAGUCGCAUCGUUGGCAUUCUCCUAUAUACCUGUUCACCCAUCUUCCCAACUUCAUAUUUUUCUAUGUUGGGAGGCGUGGGAUAUGUUUAUAAAUCUUCAACUACUACCCAGACCCCUAGUGAAAUAGUUUCCCCGAAAGCAAGUCAUAAAAUACUGUUCCAUCCUGAACACGUGUUCACUUCUUCUGAGGAACUGAUCCCAUAAAACAUCCAACAAAAAGAAAGGGGUGUGCAUUGUUUAAGGAUGAUAAAAAAUAUAGGAAAUUUAUAGACUUACACAGCCUGCCUAAACACUUCUUCUAGAAAAUCAUCUAAUCUAUUACACUUCCUUUAUUGCAAAUUCUGUUUAAUUUAGAAUUUCUUAUCUCCUGCUCUGAUAAUAGCUUGCUAGACAAUGCAUAAGCCUCCUGUACGUAAUUAAAGUUCAAUAUAUGGAGCAGGAGAUCAAAACAUGUAAAGUGAAUUAGAUCUGAUUGAAAAUGAAACCAUUUAGUUUUUUAUGCAGAUUGUGGCAGUCACAGCCAGGUGAGGUGUGGCUAGGGCUGCAUAAACAGAAACAAAAGGGAUUUUGCUUAGAAAUGGCAGUGGAUUGAGCAGUGAAAAUUCAGAGGCAUGAUUUAUACACUAAAACUACUUCAUUAAGCUAAAGUUGUUUUGGUGACUAUAGUGUACCUUAAAUUUUCUUUAAUUUGUUUGUUGUUGAUCUUGAAAUGGGUGUCAAAAGUGAUGUGUCCUGGGCCUGCCCCAUCUACACAACUACUACCUCGCGGCCCAGAUAGCUCAGAUAGCCAUGUAGCAUUCGACACCAGGAGUCCGCAGAUGGGCAGACCUGGAGGCCUGCAUUAUGGGAGCAGACCUACCCCAAUUUUAUGUAUGGCUACCGAAAGAACACAGAGCCCUACUAUGCACCCAAUGCCCAGCAAUCCUAAACUCCAUACGGGUCUGGGACGCCACAGCCUUAAAAUAUAAACUGACAACAUCACCCUCCCCAAUGAUGCCAGUCCUGAGAAACAGGGCAUUCCCACCAGGAAUGCGAGCCAAAGACUUCACAAACAUAGAGGGGACGGGCCUACAAAGAGCGAUCCAUCUGUACGAGGGCGACCAGGUACUAACAUUUGAAACCCUGGCAGAAAGGACCAGGCUACAACCCUCAGAUUUCUUCCGAUACAUCCAGAUCAGGGAUUUCGCACAACACAACCUAGCAAAAACGGCAGCACUAACUAAACCAACGGGCUUUGAAAAAUGUGUCUCAAAGAAAACCCCCCGAAAGGGCUCAUCACGACUCUCUACCACACCUUAGCUCCAAUAACACCUACUGGAGGGACGUACAUAACACAACUCAAUGGGAAUCAGAUCUGGGAGAGGUCUUGGAGGGCACAGACUGGAGAGAAAUCUGGGACGCAAACAAGGCCCCCUCAAUAUGUGUCACACAGCAGGAGCAGGCAUACAAAACCAUGUUCAGAUGGUAUACCACCCCAGUGAAGCUGUACCACAUGCGCAAAACCCCCAACGAUCUGUGCUGGAGGGGCUGCGGACACAAAGGGACGUAUAAGCACAUGUGGUGGGACUGCCCGAAGGCCCAGGCCUUCUGGCAAGAAGUAGGGAACCUAUUAGACAAAGUGUUCCAGAGAAGGGUGGGCAUAGAUCCAUGGGUGUGCCUGCUAUCCAGGCCAAUCGAUGAAUGGCCAGGAAAGAACCAAAAACUCCUACGCAAAAUCACCUUAGCAGCUAGACUCACCAUGGCACAGGCAUGGCUCAAACCCGAAAUCCCCCAGAUCCAUAUGAUGAUAGACAAAAUAAGAGAUAUCCACGUCAUGGACCACCUCACGGCACUGGUGAGAGCCACCAUGAAGGCAUAUGAAAAGGUCUGGGAACCCUGGAAGGUCAGCGACAGAGAGGAUGGAGUCUAGAUCAGGAAAGGGAACACCGCCACUACUAACUAACCCCAAACAUAAGCCGGACGGAGCUCCGAUCUCCGCCCCCCAUCCACACCCCAUAAUAUUGUAAGAAACGCAUUUUACGUUGUAAAUAUGUACUCAACAGUGUGAGUGUAUGUACUAAGUUAUGCAUAUUUAUAAGCCACAGUGCAAUGUCACGACACGCCAAAAAUAAAAGAAUAAAAAAAAAAGAAAAAAAAAGUGAUGUGUCAGUGUUUGCAUAUACAUUGAAAUGCAAGUACAUUGUAUUUGCCCUUGUCUUUCUUAAUGUUUUAGUGUGGUGUCGCUGGAAUCCCGGCCUUGUGCAUAAGAGCAUUUCUGGGAAACUCCCACCCUACCUUAGUAGAAUGCUCUCCCCGGCUGUUCCCACCUCCCAUAACCUCCAAUCCAGUACUAGCACGAUAUUUAGCAUACCGCCAUACAAAAAUAAAGUGGCUUGAUCCUCCUUUUCUUACAGAGAACCGCAAUUAUGGAAUAACAUCAGAGAAACAGUCAAAUCUUCAUUCAAUCUAAAAUAUUUUUAGAUGUCAUGGUUGAAUAUAUUUAUUACCUGUUAUGUGUUACAUUUAUAUUUGUGUGUGUGUGUGUGUGUGUGUGUGUGUGUGUGUGUGUGUGUGUGUGUGUGUGUGUGUGUGUGUGUGUAUAUAUAUAUAUAUAUAUAUAUAUAUAUAUAUAUAUAUAUAUAUAUAUACAUACUGUGACAAACUUAUGUUCCUGUGUGUGUUUGUCCAGGAUCUUUUGGCAACCGCACAGCCUUCUAGGGUAAGAAAACCAGGUCAAGACAAAGUCCAGUUUCAAAAAGGCCUCUGGCCUGUUUAUUUUCUGUUGUUGUGAAGUAACAGGAUACAAUGAACAGCAAAUCUUCUUUCUCCACAAAACACUUUCUUUCUCCUCCAAAACACUUCCCUCACUUCACCCUGCUUUAACUGCAGUUAUAUAGCUGCUCACAGCCCCUACAGGUGAGGCUAAUGACCUCGUUAGGCAGUGAGCCAGAGCUCUAUGGGAAACCUGGGCUGGACUCAUGCACAACCACUCUGACAGUGGGUGGAGAAUCGGCCCACCCUGCUCUUCCGAAUACUCCACCCCAGGGACCCAAAUAACAACAGAGGAAAAAACUACAUUUAAACUUAACUUUCCCUGGGGCUGCAUGUGCUUACCCACAUGUCAGGAUAGUGGCUGUGCAAAAGUCUGGGUGCCAGAUAUACACCCCUGACCACCAUCCCCAACACUCUGUUACAAUAUAUAUAUAUAUAUAUAUGUAUAUAUAUAUAUAUAUAGAAAAAGAGACUUGAAUCCUUGCACUCAGGCUAAAUGAUAAAUUUUGAGGGCCGGGUGCUUUAAAGCCAAAGCCAAAUGUCAUACAAAUACAUGAAAUAGCUUGCACUCACGGACUUGAAGUUUAGAAAAACCGCUUUAUUCAAAGCAUAUCAAACAAUCAUCACACCGACGUUUCAGCCCUUGUCCGGGGCUUUCCUCAAGGUGAAUUGACAGAAAUAAUGACAUUCUUAUUUUUGGUCCAUUUCCUCUCCUGAUUUCUCAUUAUCAGGAAACUAAAUAGCAGCUCCUAUCUGGGUAGACCAGAGUAUGUAUGUAAUUUAUAAAUGAUAACUCUCUGGGUUUUGAUGACAUUGAUAAAUCACUCACUCUUCCAUAUGAUCUAAACAGGGCUCAACAUUUUAAUUUGUACUUUCACUAACUGGCAAGUAGAAAUUGAGCCCUUGUGAGUUAAUUUUGCAGUGUUUUGCCAAUUUAAUGGUCUUAAUAUAUAAAGUGUAAGCAGUGACCUCAGGUGCAUGCACAGCACACAGCAGAGGAGUUUUGGCACUAGGAGCAUUUGGCCACCAGUAUACUCAAUGUAUGGGUUGUAGCCUCUUAGAAUCAAUUGUUCUUCUGUUUAAAAUAAACUUUAUGUCUGUUAACAGAGUACUGCAGGAGUGAGGCAGCAGACAGGAAUUAUGCAGGAUUUAUGCUAAUCCAGCAUUGUGUGGAUUUGUGCUUGGGCUGGUGGUCUCAAUUUUAAAUGAACUCUAAAGGCAUGAUAGCCUAGAGCCUAAUUUACACGGUUUUUAAUGCCACCUCUAGUCAAUCUGACAGCAACUAUAGGGACUUCCUGGAUUCAAUCCAGCAAAGUUUUCAUGAUUGACGCUCACCGACACUGGAUGCUACCCAUGGAGCUACACCGAUUCAAUGCACCUCUAUGAGCUGAUUACCUCACAUGCACACUAGCCUCCCAAACUUCACUGAUGCCAAAAUCUUGACGUCAUAUCUUUAUUGAUGUAACAGUGCAAAAAAAUGAAAACAAAAGGUACUCUAUAAAUUACAUAUUUCUCGCCCUAUAUAAUCUUUUUAUACCCCUGCAUAGCUGAAGGAAGUAAUUGCUAUGUAAGCUCUUCAUCAUCAUAUUACACAUGGGUAAACAACUACAAUAUUUAGGCCUGUAUUAUUUCCUGCUUACUAAGCCACACCUACACUUCCUAAACCAUAUUAACCCCUUCAGGACGGAGUCAAUAGUACACGUUCUGAUAAAAAAAAACUUAAACAAAAACUGGAAUUUGCGCUAUAUGUCUGUUCAACCGUAAUUCACCGAUGUCACAUUAAGUGCACCCACACUUAUUAUAUAUCAUUUUGUUCAGGAGAAACAGGGCUUUAAUUUAUCAUUAACUAUUCAUAUAUGGAACAUAAUUUAUUAUGAAUAAAAUUUUAAAAAAUGUGAGAAAAUAAGAUUUUUUUUUUAAUUUGUAUUUCCGUCUGACAUUUUAGCUGUUAAUGUCAUAAUACUGUUAGGUUUUACUGCAAAGAAAUGCACAUAUUUGUAAUCAGCGAUGUCUCACGAGUACAACAGUACCCCCCAUUAACAGGUUUUAUGGUGUUUUGGAAAGUUACAGGGUCAAAUAUAGCACAUUAUAUUUUCAAAUUGAAAUUUGCCAGAUUAGUAAUGUUACCAUUGAGAUGGUGUGGUAGCCCAGGAAUGAGAAUUACCCCCAUAAUGGCAUACCAUUUGAAAAAGUAGACAACCCAAGGUAUUGAAAGUGGGGUAUGUUUAGUCUUGUUUAGUAGCCACUUAGUCACAAACACUGGCCAAAGUUUGCAUUCAUAUUUGUUUUUGUGUGAAAAAAGCAAAAAACUAAUAUUUGGCCAGUGUUUGUGACUAAGUGGCUACUAAGAAAGACUGGACAUACCCCACUUGCAAUACCUUGGGUUGUCUACUUUUGCAAAUGGUAUGCCAUCAUGGGGGUAAUUCUCAUUCAUGGGCUACCAUACGCUCUCAAAGGCAACAUAACCAAUCUGGCAAAUUUCAAUGUCAAAAAAAUGAAAUGCAAGCCUUAGAUGUGACUCUCUAACUUUCCAAAACACCAUAAAACCUGUACAUGUUAUGGGGUACUGUUAUUCUCGUGAGACUUCACUAAACACAAAUAUUAGUGUUUUAAAACAGUAAAAUAUAUUACAACAAUAAUAUAGUCAAUAAAAGUGCCAUUUGUUUGUAAAAAAUGCAAAAAACUUCAAUUUUACUUAACAUAUCAUCGUUGUAAUACAAUUUAUCAUUUUGAAACACUAAUAUUUGAGUUCAGCGAAGUCUCCCGAGUAAAAAAGUACCCCCUAUGUACAGGUUUUAUGGUGUCUUGGAGGGUAAAAGGGUCAAAUAUUGUGCUUGCGAUUUAAAUUUUCUGCACUUUCUCCCUGUGUUGUCAGGCAUGUCAAUCAAAUUUUAAUUAAUCAAAUCUCAUAAUUAUGUUAAAAGAUUACUUAAAUAUACACAUAGAAUUUUAAUAUAUAUGCAUUUAUAGGUAUUUAAAUUCUACAUGUAUACUAAUGUAAUCUUUUAUGUAAUUAUAUGUAUUUAUCUAUAUAUAUAUUUGCCGUUAUUUGUAUUUUAUAUAUAGAUAUAUAUAUAUAUAUAUAUAUAGAAUGUCAUUCUAAGUGUAUUUUGUUACCAAUAUAUAUAUAUAUAUAUAUAUAUAUAUAUAUAUAUAUAUAUAUAUAUAUAUUAAUAACAAAAUAUAGUUAGAAUGAAAUUACAUAUGAAUAUAUAAUUUAUAUUAAAUUUUGUUUCAAUAUUUUAUUUAUUUAUUUUAUUAUUUUAUUUAUUUAUUAUUGUAAUUAUACGUAUAUAUAUAUAAUAUAUGUGUAUAUAUCUAUUAUAUAUAUAUAUAUAUAAUAUAUAUAUACAUAUUAUAUAUGUAACGUCAUUCUAAGUGUAUUUUAAUACUUAUAUAUGUACUUAUAUUAAUAUUAAAAUACACUUUGUAUGACGUUACAUAUAUAUAAUAUAUAUUAUAUAUAUAAUAGAUAUACAUAUAUUAUAUACAUAAAAAUACAUUUAUUUUAAUUUUACACGUCUCAUUCUUUUUUUUUUUACUUUCCCACCAGCAGGGGUACUGUGACAUUUCAGACAGUCCCCCUGAUGGCAGAUCCACAGCCAGCUAUAGGGGGCCACGUGAUCGCUCUUUGAGGGGGCCUCCUUUGCCGGGGGAGGGCUGCCUGGGCUGUCAGGCAGCCCUCCAGAAGAGGAUCGCGGCGGAGGUAAGUACGCCGUACCUCCAGGGGCUUAAAGCCGUUACGGCGUUCUAUGCCGCCGCAACGGCUUUAAAGCCCACUUAAUGCGGGACGGCAUAGAACGCCGUAACGGCGUUAAGGGGUUAAAACACAAUACCAGAUGCUAAUAAAUACAUUCUAAAAUACACUUCCAAACACACAGAGCAGGGAAGGAAAAAAUAAGAAUAUAAACAAAAUACAAAAAGCUAUGUUAUGUUUCUUUUAGCGUUCUGGCACUUUUUAUGCAUAAAUAAAUAUGUUAGAGGAUUAAGUAGGUAAAAGGAAUAAGAUUAACACAAAGAUUUCAAUUUUUUUAUAUAUAUAUAUAUAUAUAUAUAUAUGUGUGUGUUAUACUAUUGGUUUGCCAAACUGCAUCUCUUAGAUGGUCAAUACCUUUCAUAUAUCCUAUGAGCACGACAGCAAUACAUAUAGACAAGACUAAUCAAGUAAUCUACUAAUAACUACAUUAAACUUGUCUUACUAGCAACUGCCAGUCACGGGAAGGGGCAAGUCUCGUGGUAGUCCUGAGGUGAUCAAAUAAUUAAAACAAAGGCCUUCACUAAAGUAUGGGAACCCUGGGAAACAUAUGAGAACACCUCACGGGAAGCAUCCGCUGCGCUCCUUCCCCCAUCCCCCUCCACCUAGAGGACCUAUGGAUGCUCCAUGUGCUGAUGCCGACCAGAGACCCCUGACCCUUUUCUUCUCUAUACUCUUUUCUUUCCUUUCUUUUCUCCCUUUUGUCUCCUUGACUCUCUCAUAUCUGAGCUCUUGGGAUUCUUUAUUUCUCCUAAAAUCCCCAAAACUCGGGGCAGAUGGUUAUUCAGGUUCCAUCUUGGCAUUACUACAAACCUAGUGAAGACAAUCUCUUAUUCUCAGAGCUAUGCUUCUGUAUUAACAUUGCUUGCAACCUAGAUCUUAUACUCCCUUAACUGGGGCAACCUUAAUGCCGUCUCACUACUGCAACGCUUGUACCAUAAGUGAUCAAUGUACAACCUCCUCUGAUGUCUAUUGUCGCACAUCUUGUUCUUUUAUAAUGCGACCCUGUAUUUCUAUUAUACAUGCUGAGAUGUAUACCCUCAAUGAUGUCUCCCGUGCUUUUGAAAAAAAAAAAGAAGUUGGGAGUUUUUCUUAAUUUUGUUUUUUUUAAAUUGGGUAGCUGGCAUCUUAGGACUUCUUAGAGGUUAGUAUUUACAAAGUACUUAACCUCCUACGUCUUCUGUAGUCUGGUCAGCCUAUGAUUGAUAGUAUAGCUGCAGGAGCUGUUAUACAGUGUGUAUUACUCAUUGCUGUCCCUGCUCCUUCUGCUAGGCAUUUCCGGUGUGAGAGGCUGUUAAUGGGCAGAUGGAAAGUGAUCACUUUCUGUCCAGCCUUCCUGUCCAGCCUCACACCUUCUAUAACUGUUCCUGCAGCCAUGCUGUCAAGCAUUGGAAGCAGACUAGACUAUAGAGGACACAGGAAAAUGCUCUUGGUACUUAUCUCUCAAAUAAAAGGCACAUUAUAAGUGCUGAAAAGAGGUGCUUCCUACAGAACAUGCCCCUGUAGGUAGAUGCCUUCUCUGCGUAAUAGGUAAUCAGGCUCUGUUGAUAUCUCUAUACUGUAUGAGGUAUGUCCAAUUUUCCUUUCCUCACAAAAAUAUAUAAAUCUAAGUAUAAUUAUGUUACUUGUUUGUAUCACAUAUAAAUCUCUUAUUAACAGGUAAGUAUUUUUAUUAGUUGAGCAGGCAAUAAACUAGGGUUAUUAGUGAGUAGCCUACAAACCAAGGUCUGUUUCCUAGUGAUGAUAACCUGAGUGUCACGUAUUCUGAGUUGGAAUUUAAACAUCUUUGAUCUGCAGACCCCCUAGGUGAGUAAGUAGGAGUAGUAAUUUUUGAUAACAGAUACUCUUUGUGCACAUUCAAUUGUACUUAUUUUUUUAUAUAAACAUAUGUUUUAUAGUGUAAGAACUGCAUUGAGAAUGCCCCAUAACUAGUAGACUGAAACAUUUAUAUUUUUAAAUAAAAGAUCACAGUGUGUCUGCAUUCACCAUUCUAUGUUAAAAUGGCCAACAAGUACAUAUAUAAGCAUAUGAAGUUCAUUGAUCAUAUUUUUUUUCAUUUUUAUUGCAUUGGAUUAUGAAUGUGUAUGUUUCAUAUAAAAUGUCGACUUGAUUAUGUGAAAUGUGUUAAUUGUUGCAAGGGAGCUUUGAAUUUCCCAGUGCAUGAAUUGUUGGCAAAAGAUAAAAAAAAAAAAGACUAAUCCAGAUUAAUUUAACCUAAAACAUCUCCAAACCUUCUCAAAGUCUUAUCCACAGUUAAUGCUGAUGCUGUUUUCAUUAUAUUUCAGUCAGUGAAUAACCUUAAAAAGCAUUGAAAACAAAUAUUACUAGGAAAUAACUGACUAUGAAAAACGUAUUUAGUUAUAAUUCAGUUAAAAAUAAUUGUUUGGAAUAGACUUUCAUUAAAGAAACACUACAAUGUCAGAAAUAAAAACAUGUAUUCCUGUCACUAUAGUUCUAAAGUUACUAUUUAGGUUCCCGGUCCCUCUGUAACCAGUGUAGAAGGUGAGUUUACUCACCUUUAUUCCAGCGCUAUGCGGGACUGCUGUGACUGACUCCGACCCUGGCCCCGAUCCACCUUCCUGGCUGAGGUGAUCAAAAUUGAUGAUCUCAGUCAAUCUAAUGCUUUCCCAUAAGAAAGCAUUGGGAGGCUAUUGCGAAUGCGCAGCAAAACGCAGCACUGGCCAAUCAGCAUCUUCUCAUAGAGAUGCAUUGAAUUAAUGCAUCUCUAUGGGGAAUGUUUAGCGUCUCCAUGCAGAGCAUGGAGACACUGAACGUCACUACUGCACAACCAGGAAGCCCCUCUAGUGGCUGUUAGGUGUUCCUAAGCAGUAAUGUAAACACUGUCUUUUCUCUUAAAAGGCAGGGUUUACAUUAAAAAGCCUGCAGGGACAUGCUAAAGACACCAUAACAACUACAUUAAGAUGUAGAUGUUCUCGUGACUAUAGUGUCCCUUUAAGAGCAGAGGCAUGAUGAUAAAGUAUGACCCAGAAUUUACUGUACUCUAUCUAAUGAGAGAUAAUUAAAUGUAAGUAGAGAGGGCUCCCUGAUAGGAUCUCUAAUAACAAUUGGUAGUUAACAUUUGACUCCAAUUGAUCACAAAAACACUACAUAUUGCCUUCCCUCUUUCUCCAUCUGGUGGGAUGUAGGGUGGAGGAGGGUAAUAAGGUCAGGGGACCUCUGACCCAGAAGUGGUUACAAGGACCAGAAAUUGGCCAUGCUCCUAGUCACCUACCCUAAAAAAGACUCUGACAACCACUUAAUACUAAGUGUUAUAUACACUGAUCAGCCACAACAUUAAAACUACUGACAGCAAAAACAACAGCAAAACCAAAUGUGAGAAAGGCUGAACUUGAUGGACACGUCUCUUUUCAGCUAUGUAACUAUAUAAGAUGAAGUGAACAACAUUGCUUUGGGGACAAAGAGUUCAGGGUGUUCAUUUGGCCUCUAAAUUCCCCAGAUCUUAAUCUGAUUGAGCAUCUGUGGGAUGUGCAGGAAAAAAAUGCCAAUACAUGGAGGCACCACCUCGCAACUUGCAGGACUCUGCCACUGAGCAUAGUUAGUGGAAGAGGAGAAACAGAAUCUCUUUUUUUCACUUUUUUUUUUAAAAUCUUUAUCAAGUACAUUACAUAUAUUUUAUAUUUUCAUCUUUUUAUAAAAAUUACAUCUCAAUAUAAUCGUAUACAAAAAUGUUCAGAUUGUAUCUUGAUACAUUUUUAUUAGAAAAAUGCAUUACCCUUCCCCUUCCUCCCCACUCCCCUCCACAGCCUCUGCUGUCAAGCAGGGAAUAUUGCUCAAAUAAAACAUCAUAAAACCUUAUAGCCCUACCAAUUAAAUUUUUUCCUGUGACCCAAUUUCUCCAAAUAUGAGCUUAGUAUAUUAGAAUUCCUAUUUUUUAUCCACAAACCUCUCUCCAUCCCUAUUUGAUAUAACAACUGGUUCUCCGCUUCCUGCCAUAUAGGAGUAUCCAUUGUCCUCCAAUGUCUGGCAAUAACAAUCUUCUUCUUCAUUGAUUAAUAUAUUUAAAUCUCUUUGCUAUUUUUUCAGGGUUUUUAUUUUUAUAUUUUCCUCCACCCCUUCCAUUAUUCUACUACAAUGUGCAAGCAAGCCCUUAUUGUUGUUUUUUUGUUUUUUUUUAAGAUUAGUUAAUCUAUCUAUUUUAUCUGUAUCACCAAAAUAUGUGUGUUUUUUUUAAAUAUCCCUUUUCUCUCAGAUAGUUAAAUAUUUUGUUGUUCAAUAAACCAUAUUCCAGUUGUAUCUGACAGAAGGGCUUUAUAUCAUUAUGAGCUAUAAUAUUCUUAAUUUAAUUUAACUAUUCUUAAUUUUAGUUAUACCAAGUACUCUCCAUCUUUCUAAUUGUAUAUUUUGUAUGUUGUGUUUUAAAAUCUCAAUAUCACUGUCCAAAUCACCUUAUUAUUUAGGCCCAUGCUUAUUCUGAUCUUGUUCCAAUUUUGGGAUAUAUCCAAAUUGGUUCUUGGGAACAAAUUUAGAUUUUUACUUUUUCUUUUUUUUUUUUUUUUCUUCAUUUCUUGUUGGAUUUUAUCUGAGUCUGUAGUUUUCCCCAAAAAUAUAUUUAGAUUGUGAUUAUUCAAUACAUUCAAUUGUAUACCAAGUUGUCAAAGCACUACUAUUUUGUUGAGUUAUUAUAGCAGGGGAUAAUCUACUUGCCCUAUAUAUUUGUCCCACAUUUGGUAUCCCCAUACCCCCUUGAUUAGGUUUUAACAUCAAUGUCCUAGCAUUUAUUCUUGGAGUUUUCCCCUGCCACACAAAUUUUCUGAAUGCUGUCUGUAUCAUUAGUAACCAGGCCUCUGGGAAAUUUAGCAGAAUAAGUCUGAAGAGGUAUACCCAUUUUGGCAAGAAAUAAGAUUUCAAUAUAUUUACUCUACCCCACAAUGAAAUUGGGAUUUUUUUCCAAUCAUUUAUUUUUUUUAUUCAUCUGUUUUAACAAGGGUAAAAAGUUUUUUCUGAUAUCUGAGCUAAUUUGGAUACCUAAAUAAUUUACUGAGUUUGAUUCCCACCUAAAUCCAUAUUUAUUUCUCAAUAUUUCUCUAUCCCUCUCUACAAAAUUACUACCGAGCGCAAUUGAUUUUUCAAUAUUCAAUUUCUAACCUGAUAUCUUAGCAAUUUUUUUCACAAUAUUCAUUACAGCCUCCAUAGAGCUACAUGGGUCUUGUAGUGUUCAGAUAACAUCAUCUGCAUAUAAAUAUAGCUUAGCUUGUAUCUGGCCAUAUAUAAAUACUCAAAUUUCCUUAUCUUUCCUUAUCGUAGCUGCCAAAGGUUCCAAUGACAUUAUGUACAAUAGAGGGGACAAUGGGCAGCCCUGUCUAGUUCCAUUUCUCAAUGUGAACCAUUCAGAGCUAAAUCCGUAGCCCACAACCUUCGCUGAUGGACUUGAAUACAAUGCCAUAAUUGCAUAAGAAAUUGGUCCCUCUAAACCAUAUGCCAUACCAUAGAUAUCUCCACCCAACCCUGUCAAAAGCUUUCUCUGGAUCUAAUCUAACUUUAUAUAGUCAUAUUGUCUAUUAUUAAUUAGCCUAACUAGCCUAAUUCCAAUUCUUAUCGCUGGAAUUCAAGGGAGGUGGUCCAUUCUGGCUCAUUUUUCCACUACCAGAUUGUAUAAAAAAUUACCUAAGGCUGUCCCACUAGAGAUGUAAAAUUACUUUCUCUAAACACCAAUAUAACAUAAAUGGCAACUAAAAAAAAUGGAGAUAAUAAAGGUGAGAAUAAAUAUCAAAAGAAAAAGGAAGAGAAACCUUUGGAAAAAAGGAAUUAUAAAGAUAAAAAACUGGCCUCCAUAUUCUCUCCAACUAUUACCAGAACCAUUUCAAGCGAUGCCUCAUAUAGCCUAAUUGAUGAAUCUAUGGCAAUGGGUGAUACAGACUUAGAUAAAUCUCAUUUAGAUUCCUGUGGGGAAUCAAAACCACAGGUAUCCACCCUUGACUCCCUAAAAAUAUGCUUGGACAAACAAUUUGCUCGGUUACAAAAAUAGUCAAUAUGGUCAAGAACACAAAAGAAAUAAUGUCAGAAGUUAAAAGACUGGAAGAAAAAAAUUGAAAAAAAUGAAAUCCAACUAUCAGAAUGUAAGACUAAACUGAAUACUGCUUAAGAAACAAUGGCUAACUUACAUGAUAAAAUCAAAUCACUGGAGCUUAAUGUUCAGAACCUGAAAGAUAGACAUAGAAGAAUAAACCUGCGAAUACGAGGAGUCACAGAGGAUAUACAAUCUCAGGAUCUGGAAGAAUACCUCACAGAAUUUAUAUCUGUUCUAAAAAUUGGAGAUAAAUAUAAAGAAAUAUUAUUCAAGAGAAUGCACAGAAUAUCUAAGCCAAAAGUCAUUCCAGAGUCUGCUCCAAGGGAUAUAAUUAUAAGAUUCCAUACUUACAAACACAGAGAACUACUCUUACAAGCUUUCAGAGAUGUAUCCGCAUUUCCACGGAAAUUCCAACACUUAAGAUGUUUCCCAGACUUGUCCAGAUCCACAAGAAUAUUCAGAAGAUCUUUCUAUGAGACUACCACCACUGUAAGAAAUAACAACAUAAAAUAUAGUUGGGGUUUCCCAGCAAAAUUGGUUGUUCACUAUGAGACCUCCUCCAUUGUGUUUGACUCUGCCCAAAAAGCCACUUCUUGGCAGAAGUUAAAAAAAAAAAUUCUAAAUGAUGAUAAUGGUAAAAUGUAGAGUUUCAAUAGUUAAACUAAUUUAUUGCUCUGUUUAUGUUUUUCCUUCCUUCCUACUAUAAAGUAUAGUUAAUUUAGUAUACCUAUCCCCUUCUGUGAUAAAUGCACUUCAGAGUUGGUGGCAUAAGAUAAGGAAGAGAGGGUGUAAGAGAAGAGGGAGUAGUAGGGAGUAGACAUAUGGUGGGAGGGAUAGGGUAUGGAUAGGGAGUGGAGAUAAUGGAAUAAAAGAAUUUAGAUAUUUACAAUAAUGGGUAAAAAUAGUGAAAUAAAACUCACAUGGGAUUUUUUUAUAGUUUAAUUUAAAUUGCGCAAAGAUGGAAAGUUUGACUAAGUUUGCUAGAAUGGAUAGAUAAUGUAAUACCUAUUAAUUAAACAUCAUAGUUCAGAUAUAAUAUUCACACAAUUUAAAGUUGGGAUACACUCACAAGUAUGUUUAACAAAUUUUGAUAUUUACUUAUGCUUAAUAAUGGAUGAAUGUGUAUUAAUAUUGUAGAAUAAAUAACGUAACUAUUCACUAGGGGGAUAGAAUAAAAUAGGGGAAACAAGAAGGUUGCAAUCAGAUAGGUGGAGAGAGAAAGACAAGAGUAUUAUCCUACAGGUUUGGGGCCCUCACGAUUAAUAACUAUAUUGAGGAAAGAUAAAAGUAAUUAAGUGUAUCUGUUCAAAUUGGUUGAGACUAAGGACAAAGAAAGGGAAAAAAAUUAAUAUGAAACAUUAAAUUUAAUUGCAAAUCGUACUAUAUAUGUGACCACGCUCAUUUUAAAGAAAAAAAAGGGGGGGGGGGGUUAAAUAUCUGCUAAUAUGAAUAGGUAAUAAGGUUUAUUAAAGUAAGAAAGAAGAAUCAAUGCGUAGAAGAAAAUGUUUUCUUUAUAAAUUUUAAAAAAUAGCAUAGGGAGGAUCAAUGUUAGAGGGGAAUAAGAUUAGGAUUAUAACUUUGAACGUUAAGGGUUUGAAUGCUCCACAGAAACGUAAGCUUUUAGUAGAUCAUUUAUGGAAAAAGAAAAUUACUGUCUGAUUUAUACAAGAAACACACUGGAAAGCUAGAAACUCAAAAACAAAAAGUUUCUAUUAUCCAACUCUUGUCUCCUCAGAUUAUAGCUCUAAAAAUAGAGGAGUUGCAAUUUUUAUUUCAAAGAAUGUAACGUAUAAAGAACUAUAUAGAGAAGUGGAUAAGAAUAGCAGAUAAGUGUUCUUGAUCUUUGAAUUGCAGGGGAAAAUCUACUCACUACUUAAUAUAUUUGCUCCAAAUAAACAACCUGAAAAAUGUAUUAAUAACAUAUUAACCAAGUUUGAAAACAAGGUACAGGGGUCCUUUAUAGUUGGAGGAGACCUUAACUGUGUGGUAGAAGUAUCAUUGGAUAAAAAGGUUCCACAAGAAAGGAAUCAACAAAAUAUCAUUAAAAAAUUGGUUCUGCAGAAUGUCAUAUCUAAAUUUAAUCUAUAUGACAUGUGGAGAGUGAAACAUCCUGAUGAAAAGGAGUUCACUUUUUAUUCUAAACCUCACUUUUUGGUUAAAAUACAGUUAAUUCAACAAUGUUACCUAAUUAAAAUUGAGGAUAUCACCUGGUCGGACCAUUCGGCUGUGAUUAUGGAAAUAGGAUUAGAUGCUAAUGAACCACGAUCACAAUGGAGGCUGAAUGAGAGAUUAUUUACUGAUUCUAAAACUAUUGAUUAUAUGUCGGAGAGGAUUAAAUUAUACUAUAAAGAAAAUACGACACAAGAAAUCUCAAAGUAAAUUUUAUGGUGUGCCUUUAAGAGUGUAAUAAUGGGUUAUAUAAUUAAAUUGGGGUCUGGAAAAAAAAGGGAACAAGGCCUAUCUUUAAAUCAACUAUACCUUGAAUUCUAUAAUUUAAAUAAAAAAAUAAAAUCUCCCCUACAAAGGAGUUUGAUCAACAAAUAUCAGAAAUAUCCAAGAAGAUCAAUACUACUUUAUUGGCAAAAGUGAAUUGGUACUAUAAAAGCAACAAAGCUGAUAAAAUGCUUUCCAAUAGACUAAAAAAUAGAAAAGCUAGAUCGAGAGUCAAAAAGAUCAUAGUAGAUGGUCAUAGUUAUAAUGACCCAAAAUCAAUAGGUAAUGCCUUUAAUAAAUUCUAUGCACAACUUUAUAAUCUCUCCUCCAGACCCCAGGAAUUAGAUAUAUCUGAAUAUCUGGAUGGGAUUAAAUUGCCAACUCUUACAGAUGGCCAGCAGAAAGAGUUAAACUUACCUUUCUCUGAAUCUGAGGUUAGUCUGGUAAUUAACAGGCUUAAGCUGAAUAAAGGCCCAGGUCCUGACGGGUAUACUAAUUGGUUUUUUAAGAAAUUUAAAAAUGAGCUAUUGCAACAUCUAGUAGAUACAUUUAACGAGAUUAGAGAAUCAGGUCUCCCUUUGAAAGAAUUAUUACAGGCUAAUAUCUCACUGAUAUUAAAAUCUGAUAAGGACCCAACUAAUCUGGUUAAUUACUGGCCUAUAUCUCUUAUAAACUCCGAUAUUAAAAUUUAUUCUGCUGUCAUUGCAAAUAGACUAAAAUUAAUUAUUCCAUCUUUAAUUCAUCAUGACCAAAUAGGUUUUGUUCAGAAUAGAGAUCCAAGUAAUAACACUCGAAGAUUGACUGCCCUGAUUGAUUAUGUAACAAGGAGCAAGAUCCCUAUGCUGGCCCUGUCACUAGAUGCUGAGAAGAUGUUUGACAGGGUCAGCUGGAGUUUUAUGAACCAGACUCUGGACAAAUUUGGAUUUGUUGGCUCCAUUAAAACUGCAAUAAUGGCUCUUUAUUCUAGUCCAACGGCUAAAACCGUGGGCCCUGGCAGCUCCGCAGAUUGGUUUACAAUUUUAACAGGACCAGGCAGGGAUGUCCCCUGGCCCCGCUUUUAUAUAUUUUGACUCUUGAACCGCUCACAGUGAGCAUAAGAAACAACUAUCAAAUUAAAGGAGUUAUUCUGAAUCAUUCUGAAUUUAAGAUCAGCCUAUAUGCUGGUGACAUAAUAUUAACAUUGUCUGAUCCGGAUAUAUCACUAGGGGCCUUGUUUCGGGAGUUGGAAGACUAUGGUAGAGUUUCAAACUAUAAAUUAUAUAUUGGUAAAUCCCAAGUUAUACCCAUCAAUUUAGGUUUUACAACAAUUAAUCAGUUAAAUAUCCAUUCACUUGGUCAUCACAAGGUUUUAAAUAUCUUGGGGUUCAUUUCUCUUAUAGUUUAAAAUAAAUGAUCGAUAAAAACGUGGAUAAUCUUAUAAAAUAUACCAGUGAUAAAUUACUCAAAGAGUGGAGAAACAUAGGAAUUUCCUGGUUGGGAAGAAUAAAUAUCAUCUAAUCAUAUAUUUUUUCUCAUUGGUCAUACCUGUUCAGAAUGAUCCCUUUAUCUAUAACAAUAUUUAAACUUAGGCAGAUUCAUAAAUUAUUUCUGAAUUACAUAUGGGAUUAUAAGAGGUCAAGGAUCUCAAUCUUACAUGUAAUUAAAAAGUCCAGUAAGGGUGGCCUGGCUGUCCCAAAUCUUAUCAAAUAUUACCAAGCCUGUAGGCUGUACCAUCUGUGGAGAUGGCAGGGCCCAACCACAAUAGAAGAGCCUUGGUAUAAAAUUGAAUCCUUUCUGUGUAAUUCAAAAGAUCGUUCUAAUAUGUUAUGGAUUGAUGUUGGGGCUAGUGCAAAAUUCAUCUCCAACAUAGAAACUUCAUACAUAAAAGAUAUCUAUGAAAUUUGGGUAAAAUACAGGAAACUAAAUCACUUUUUAAAUAAAAUUUCUAAGUAUAGUCCAAUUAAGACAAUGGAAUAUAAUAUGAAAGACCUACAUUUAGGUAAUUGGAUCAAAUUUGGUUAAACUAAAAUAGAUGAUGUAUUAGAAUUGAAUAAAAUAAGGUCUUUUUCAUAUCUUCAGUUAAGUCUUGACCCUAAUUCAAGAGAGUUAUUCUCAUACCUAAGAAUCAAAAAUUAUUUGGAUAACCAUCUGCUUUAUGACAACACUAGGAUAAAUAAAAAUUUUAAAUGAUCUAUUUAAAAAUAUUACUAAACGUAAAUCGAUAUCUAGUUGGUAUGAAAUAUUGAGAGAGGAAGAAAAAGAGUCUAAACCAAAAGCCUGGAAAAUCUGGGAACAAGAAAGUGGGUCUCCAAUCGAGUUGGAGCAGUGGUAUAGAUCAAUUCAAGAAGUUAAAAAAUCGUUGCACUGUUUAAAUAUCAUAGCGCUCCAUUAUAAAAUUCUUCAUCAAUGGCAUAGGGUACCAAAUAUUCUAAAUAAAACCAACCUUGAUAAUUCCAAACUUUGUUGGAGGUGUACUUGUGCUGAAGGUAGCUCUAAACAUAUCUGGUGGGGAUGUAAGCUUUUAAGACCUAUAUGGAAUAAGGCAUUUAGAGUUAUAUCAGAUUUAGUGGGAGAUUUGGAAGAUAACUCAAUGGUUGCUCUUUUUCAUUUUAAUUUAAGAAGAUUCUCAACUCAAAAUAGAUAUCUAAUAAUAAAAAGACUCCAUCUUGGACCCAAGUGCUAACUCAGCUUAAAUACCAACACAAUAUGGAAAGGGAAUAUCUUUUCAAUAUGAUAGCCACUUAAAAUUUGAUGAGAAAUGGUUACCUUGGCUAGAUAAUCUGAUAUAACUAUAUACCUUGUUGCGUUCUCUGUUAUGAAUAUCCUUAAAUAUAAAGAUCACUCUAGUUCUUCCCUAUGGUACUGUAUGCAGGAAAUUUAUGAAGUAACCUAGUUAUUAUAGUUUAGGCCCGCCUAAUCCGCUCAGUCCUUUUAAAUUGUGAUAUUUGUGUUUUUUGUGUGUGAAGUUUACUCAACAGUUCAUAUAUACUUCCAUUGUAAAUCAAAGUCUAUGUUUAAUUCUGAACUAUUUUUGUUUGUGAUGUUACAUAUGUAAAAUUUGCAAAAAGAAUAAUAAAAAAAGGUUCCCCCUAUUUUAGGGUGAGGGGGUAGGGAGGGGUUAAUUUUUUUGGGGGAAUAGGGGUGACUAGGGGUUUGUGGACCCCUAGUCACCUGGGGGGGUAACAUUUUUAUUUAGGGCCCCCCACGCCACUCAGGGGUGGGGGCCGAGGGGAAGGACAAUAGGUCCCCCCUAUUGGUAUUUAGGGCCCCCACCUGCUGCUCAGGGGUGGGGCUAGGGGCGAGGGCAUUAGGUCACCCCCCUUAUUCCAAUUUGGGGCCCCCACCCACCGCUCAGGGGUGGGGGCCAGGGGGGAGGACAUUAGGUCCCCCCCUUAUUAGUAUUUAGGGCCCCCACCCACCGCUCAGGGGUGGGGGCAAGAGGGGAGGAUAUUAGGUCCCCCCCUUAUUCCAAUUUGAGGCCCCCACCCACCGCUCAGUGGGGAGGACAUUAGGUCCCCCCCUUAUAAGUAUUUAGGGUCCCCACCCACAGCUCAGGGGUUGGGACCAGGAGGGAGGACAUUAAGUCCCCCCCCAUUAGUACUUAGGGCCCCCCACCCACCGCUUUUUAAAGUGAGCAGCCAUGGGCUCAUUGUUUAAUAGACAUGGCCCUACUCACAGUAUAGCGAGUAGGGGCAUAAUUUACUAAUACUAAGUAAUCCUUACUUAGUAUUAGUAAAUUUGGCUGAAAGACCAAUUUAGGUCUUUCAGCCUUUUAGUAGAUAGCUCCCUAAUACCGUGGGAAUUAGGGAGUUAUCUACUUAUUCAUUCCUGUCAUUACACUGACUGGCUAAGUAACUUACAUUUUAUAUGAAUGUAUGUUACUUGAUUGUUGUAAGUGUUGCAAAUGCUUACAGCUGAAUCCUGACUAUGUUUGUAUACUUUUUAUUUAAAAUUGUAUACAGUGUAACAUUCUUCAUUCUUCCACUGGGUAAGUAUAUUAGUUCUUAGGCAAUACUGUACUUCGGCACUUCGGCACUUCAGCACUUCGGACCUUCGGCAUUUCGGCAAUUCGACACUUCGGAAAUUCAGUAAUUUCAGAAUUUUAGGACUUCAACCAUUCGGCAAUUCGCCAAUUCAUCUAUUCGGACAUUCGGAAGUACCCGAAUGUCCGAAUUGCCCGAAAUUUGUCCGAAUUCACACUGGGACCGAAAUAAAUUGCACAUGUCUACUAAGAAUACGUUUGAAUUCCUGAUACUAUAGUGUUCCUUUUAUGUGUUAGUUAAUGGUGUAAUUUCCAGAGAAAUGGCGUUUCCCUCUUAGACAUUGAUUUAAAUUGUAUUCAGAUAUAUUAUCUCUCCUCUUCUUUUUGUACUUUGUCAUUCUAUGUUUGUGUUUUGGUAAUAAAUGUAAAAUGAUUUAAAUGAUGAAUCAUUUAUUUUAUAGUCAAACUCAAAGCAUCUUUCAAUGAUAGCUUCUAGAAAAAGUGAUAGGAACAUUUCAGUACUAUUUUUUCAACAAAAUAAAAAUUAAAUAAAAUGUUUUGUUUAUUGCUAGAAAGGAAGGCAUUCACAUGUCAACAAAUAUGGUGAUAAAAGCCAUGGCAGCAACAAUCUUUACUGAAUACAAUGUAGGAAAAAGGUUUCAUGCGUUCUAACAUGGUGGACCAGAGUGAUAAGAAUAGUACAAUGCAUGAUGCAACAAUACCUGGCUAAUAACAAAAAGGCUUGUCUUAUCAGGGCUAGUCUGCAUGUUUCAAAUAGGAAACAAUACAAUUCUGUUAUUAUCCAAAAAGCGUUGUCAUUGAAAAAACAUCAAUUUAAUAUUUUUGGAUACACUUUUGAAAUUGUUAUUUCAAAAAAGUUGAUAUUUUUAUAUUUUUUCAAUAUAUUUCUUAAUUUAUAUUUUUAAAAAUUAUUUUUUGAAAGCUAUUCCAAAAAGAAUAAAUCAAUUGAAAAGCGUAUCCACACAUUUUAUAUCGAGGCCUCUGUACAUUAUUGGUAGGUAUCUUAGAUUGCACAAGUCUCUUACGUAUCAUUUCAUUUCCCCACUGUAAAAUGCAUGUAGCUCUAGUAGAGCACAUUACUGCCCAGCAUGAAUUCCACAUAAAGGAAAAUGCAGCUCACUGUUUAUAUUAAAGGAACACUACAGCACACUAUAGUGUUUAAGGUGCCACUAGUGCCACGGUGCCUGCCAAACUCCAGCUCUAUUGCCAAUGAGAGCCAAUGCUCCUGCUAGGAGUUUCCAUUAGAUUAUUUGACCUUAAUAGAAGGAAAAAGUAUAUACAGUAUAUAAACAUGUAAAUAUAUUUAUUUAUUUUUUACUAAUUUUCCUCCUAUUGGUUACUUUUUCUCACUUGACCUGUUAAUCAAGUGGCAGUAAAAUAGCCUGUCAUUGUAUUGCAAAAUAGAUACAUAAUAUUUACAUUGUUUCAUUGUGCUCUUUUCUCUUUAUUAUUUGUUUUACAGUGUUAUAUUCAAUAAACCUUCUGCUGUAUAAACAUGUUUUUAUUGUUAGUAAUACGGCUUUGUUUUACUUUAAAAUGUGUUCUAUUAAACUAGGAAUUCUCUAGAGUGAUUUCUAUACAUUAAUACUGUACCCUUUGUUAAGGUCAUUUGGGAUUCCCACCAAAAGUCUAAAUAAAAUAUGUUUUUAUAAUGUAUUGAUGUUAACAUUUAUACCAAAAUAGAAAAUUUUAAUGGAAAUAUGAGGGCAACAGUAUUUUUCUUGACAAAUUUUAAUGGUGGAAUUAAAAAAAAAACACUGUAUUUAAUUUCCUCGUAAAAUUGGCACAAUAGGCUAAUGUAUAGUUUUCACUUUUAUCAUGUUAUUUCUUUUUGCUGUGUUGUGUACUUUUUUCCCCUAUUAUUUUAAAAAGGUCCAUACAGCACCUGGUUUGCUGAUUCUACACGUACUAACUUCCACGGCGUAAGAUGCAUUGUCCACACACAGCUGUUUUCUUGUCAUUCUGAGGAGCCCGCCCUUCUGAUUUGUUUUUUCCCAUGUCUUAACCUUAGAAGAUAUUGAAACCUUUGCCAGCAUUGUACAUGAGACUGUGUCUGCCUGCCUGUCUGAAUGGGGCGUGCUCACAUAAUUUCCUACAAUAUUAUUUUCAACUUCCCUUUUCACUAUUUAUAGAUGGGAGACAAUGUAAAUUAUUUUACAUAUACUAUGAAAAGACUCCAUAACUGGGAGAGAUAAGGACAAACUUGUUCUAAGAGCAUAAAACCUCACAGUUGGAUAGGUGACAAUAAUAAACAGAAUUAUUUUUGUUUUGCCAGCUGAAGGAUUUUACUUCCAAUGGUGUAGUGUCAUUAUAAAAAGAUACAAACAUGGUGUAUCUGUGUGUAGAUCAAAUUUAAAGAUUCAUUAAAUACACUGAAAGAACAUAACUAUAUUCAUGCUAAAAGCAUGCAAUGCUGAUGAGGCUUUGUCAAAUUAUUCUUCUGUAAUUAUUUUUUAUCAACUCAUCUUUCAGGAUGUGGCACAUCAUUAGGUCAAGAUAAAACAACAAGCAUCACCUCAGGAAGUGAUACUACAUUAACAGUAGUUGAAACUACAACUAAAGAAACCACCACGCCAGUUUCUACUACACAAGGUCCUAGUGCAGCAAAUAGUGCCACCAACACGCUUUCUGUCACCACCAUUCCGCAGAUAACAGAUGCACUUUCAACAGUAAGUGAUACACCAACAAGUAUUACCUCCAACAGUGCCAUUGUGCCACUUACAUCAUCUGCUUUGACUGUUACUAAAAAUGUGGACACAAGCAAUCUUACUGGAAUCACGACAACUAAACCAACAACCGAACAGAUCUCACAAAUUACAACAAACACAGGUGAGUAACAUGGUGAAACUUUAAUUCAUAUAACGGAGUGGCAAUGUUUCAGACACAGAUAGAUAAAUUGGAAUUGUGUCUUCUAAUGCAGGCGUGUUAUGAGUCUAAGUCUGGAUAUGUAUAUAAACACAGCAAAGCUGGACACACACAAACUUGCCAGUGGGUGUGUUUUUGGAGACAUUAGGGGUCUUUUAUUUAUGAAACCAUUGACCUUUUUUUAUUUCCGAAUAAAUGCCAAUCAGAGAGAUUAGUUAAUGUUUAAUGAAGCUGUACCUGAUGGUCCUGGGUGAGAGAAAACGAUCAAAGGUUUCACCAAAAUAAAGUAAUCACCUCGUGGCUUCCUGAGCAAGAGACAGUCCAGACACAGUACAGCAAUGUUAAAGAGACACUCUGGGCAAAUGAACAACUUUUAAUGUAUCUGAUAGAUUCUGUCAUUAAUAUAAAAAUACUGUAUUUUUUUGGACGCUGAAAUAUGUAUAGUUUUUGCAAACAGCAUAAAAUAUUUUGUAGCAUUAUGCACUAAAACCUUUACAUUACUCACACCCCCUAUUUUAAAACACUUGCUUCAUAACUCCCAUAUAUAACUCCCAAAUAUACACAUCACAGCUACUGACAGCACUAGCCAAUCAGCUGAGCUGCAGGAAGCCAUGGACCCAGCACUACAGGAAAAGGACAUCCAGGAAGACAUUUAGAGAAUAUAUUUCACAUGUUAGCCUGUCUGUCGGUGCAUUUGCCUCCCUUUGCAGGUAGUUAUACUUCCAAAGCAAAGUAGCACAAUACUGAAAAGUAGGUGGCCCCACUAAGAGUGCACCUGUUGUGUAUACGUCAUUUGUGUCACGCAGUGAUUGCCCUCACUCAGUGGUGUAUUUAGGAUUUGUGCUGCCCUAGGCAGGACAGUGCUUGGGAAUCCCCCCUAAUUUCAAUUUUCCCCACCCCUUUUUGUCAAGGCCUCACUUUGACUGACAGACGCUCACUCACUGACAGACGCACACUCACUGACAGACGCAUACACUCAUUGACAGACACACACUCUCAUAUACACUGACAAACAACGACACACACACUCACUGAUUUGACACACUGACAGACAGACAGACACUUUUACUUGGACACACACUGACAGACUCACACUCACUGACAGAUGCAUGCACUCACUGACCGACACAUACACACUUACUGACCGACACACACACACAUUCACUCACAGACACACACUCACAUAGACACACUCACAUAGACACACACACUUACAGACACACACAUACACACUUACAGACACACUCACUUACUUACAGACACACACAAAUUCACUUACAGACACAGACACACAUACACAUUUCUCCCAACACUCACAAAUUAUUAUUUUUUUUAAAUGUGGAUUGCUUACCUCUGGAUCAGUGGGGCUGCUGGUCGGGCAGGCAGGGGCAGACAGGCUGAGUAGGCGGCGAGGGAACUUUAAUCUUCCUGCUCAUCUCCUUCGCGCGCCGCUUAGUGAUGCCGGAAGCCGGAGUGACGUCAUAUUCCAGCUCCCGGCUUCAUUAUGCAGUGCAGAGGGAGCUGAGCAGGAAGAGCUCAGGUGAGCAUGCUCCCUUGCUGCCCACCGCCCGCUGCCCACCUCAUGGGGGGGCUAAAAAGUGGCCAGCCGGCCAGCUCUUGAGCCUCCCAGGACAUGAGGCCAACAAAGGAUUUGCCUGGGCUUUUUUUGCUGCCCCCUGCAAAGUACCGCCCAAGGCAGUUGCCUUGUUUGCCUCGCAGAAGAUACAUCCCUGCCCUCACUUACAGAAUAUAGAAAACCCACAAUGGAGUGUCAUAUGGCAUAUAGACAUAUUGUCGUGCCUGAUAGAUAGAUAGAUAGAUAGAUAGAUAGAUACUGAGUCAGCAAUAGCCAAGGAUUAUAGAAAUACAAAUAUAAGAAGCCAUAAACAAGCCAUGUCAGGAAUCCAGAAAUGCAUAAAGCCAAUAAAAGCCAGGGUCAGUAUCAGAAAUAAAAGAGAGACUUACUGAGCACACUACCACCUACACCACCACCCACAAAAAGGUAAGAGUGAGUACCCUGGACGCAAAACCCCAGGGGGGUGCAAAACGCAUCCAGGGUACUCACGCUUACCUUUUUGUGGGUGGUGCUGUAGGUGGUCUUUCUCACGUCUGGCAGCAGCAGGUAUCACAACUACCUAAUAUUUAAUUCCCUAAGCGUUCCUUUUUGUGUGUUGUCCUUGCUUGGAUAUCUGUAUAUUCAUCUUGUGAUUAUUAUAUGCUGUUUGCAUUACUCAAUAUUCCUACUCCUAUAUUCAACUUUUUGGAGUGCUGCCGUGACUUUUUUCUGCCAUACAUCGCUGCAAUUUUUAUAUCAAUAAAUGUGCACGUUUUCAUUAUUUCUGUGUAUUUUUCUGUGGAUCAUCAUUACUCCUGAGUGCGGACUGCAUUUUGGUUUUUUUUGUUACUUACCGCAUAUGUGGGAUAGUCCAGCACCAGAAUUAACCCUAUCAAGGCUUGCUCUCAGGAUUAUUUCACCUGACAUUUAAGACACUUUACUUGGAGUUGCGAUAUCGUCUGUGGGUGGGUUUCAUACCACACAAACAUAUUUUUUGUAAUAUUUUGUCACAUUUUAAACACCCCUAAAGAAAAUAUGCACCUGGUCAUGUAAAAUUAUUAAUAUUAGUAUUAAAAACAUCUACGGAUGAAUGGAUGGAUGGAAUGACAGACAGAGCUGUGUCUAUUAAUAUCUAUCUAUCUAUCUAUCUAUCUACCUUAAUAAUGUAUAAAUGGACAGAAUGAUAGAGAGACAGAUAGAUAGACAGACAUGCUUGUAAAUAGUUUAUUGUGCUUUGUGUACUAAAAAAGAUAUUCCUUGCUACAGUAACAUCUUAAACUUUACAUAUUUCGAUAGCAAACACUGCAAUAAGCAAUGCAACAGGAACUCAGCCAACAUCUGGGGCUCCCAGCCAGCCGUCUCCUCAGACAGAAAAUUCGACAUCAACUGGGCAGAAUCCACCCGGCAACACAACUCAAACACCUGUACCAAACAUACCCUCUUCAACAAGUUUAACCAGCAACAAAACAUCUGAAACUCCUAACAAGACCUAUGAAAGCACUACCAAAUUGACAUCAGUUAUAACAAACCCUAGCCAAAUCUCUCCAAGCCCAAGCCAAAAUGCUACUAGCACUAGCCAAAACUCUGUAAGCCCUAACCAAAACAUUGCAAGCACUAUCAAUAGCCCUGUACAUCCUGCUGUUCAUAAAGAGACAACAGCCUCUGUCAGCCCAACUUCUACGAGAAGUGUAACUCCAGGACUCGGCUCUGCUGUCCCAAAUAUUAACAAAUCUACUGUGGCUUCUGGAGAACACUUUCAGGUAAAUGUACAGUAAUUCUGUUAAUAAGUACUUCACGUGAAUAUUAAAAGGUUACUGUAAGCACCAUGACCACUUCACUGAUUUUAAAUGAUCAUGGUGCUUUUAGUCUGUUUGAAACAGAGAAAAUGUACUUUGCUACCGGACGAGAAAGCCCACCUACUUCCAGCAGCACCAUUAGCUUGCCCAGAAUGUCUCUCCCUCUCCAUGCCACCCAAGGUCUCCCCUUUCAAAUGUUGGAAAGUAUGAUUUUACUAAUAAUUGCAACUCGUGCUUACCGGAAUUCAAUGUGGGCAAAUUAAGUCUGAUAAAUAAGGAAACUUACAGAAAAUAAAUCUACAGUGUACUAAGUGUUUUGUUUUUUGGUUUUUUUCUUUUUCAGAUUAUUUGUCAAAACGCAAUUUUCAAUGACUCUCAACUAAAGAUAAUAGUAAAAAAGGACAGCACACAGAAAUGUGUAAGUAUUGCAGGUACUUUAUAUUAAAAGCAUGCAGUCUCACUGAAAAAAAAUAUUAUCCAAUGUUUAGUAUUUUUAUUUCGCACACUUUCUGUUAUUAAUUGAUUUUUUUUUCCAUUCAUUUAUGUAAUUAUUCUUUUUUUCUGCAAGAUGCCUAGUAUAUUUUUCUAAUUAGAUGUAAUUGUUUAUUUUGAGGUAUAUUUAAAUUGAUAUAUAAAUACUGUGAGUAUUAAAUAUUUUUAUAACUUUUUGUUAUAUAAUUUUCCCUCUCUUUUCAUUUUGGGUUGGGCAUUCUCAUUCAAAAAUUAUUCUACAUUUGUUUGCCUAGUGUUUAUUUUAAAAUAUAAAAUAAAAAAACAAUCAUCAGUACAUUUAUGUAUCAGACACAGUCCUAUUUAUGUUCUGGUGACAUAGUGCCACCUGGUGGAGGUCAGUGGUCUAGUUCUAGGUUUAGGCUAGAACUGUAGAGUCCCUCUGUCAUGAACCACACCACUCCUAGGCAGGCACGUAACUUGCUUCAGUUGGUGAAAGGAUUAGAAAUCACUAUUAGUAUAUCCUAAAUAAAAAAUAGUGAUAAAAAAAUCUCUCUUAACACCACCCACACUUAUAAAGCUGCCAUCGCCAAGGCAAUUUAUAAAUAGGGUGCCUUAGGUUACCCCAGCAAAUCAUAUUUAAAAACUCUCAAAACACAUUUUAUCAAAAUGUCUACAGAAUCACAGUAUUAUUCUAUGAGUCUUUUCGGUAAUGUGGUUCUCAGACAAGACGAAGGAUGAACUCAUCCAAGGUUGUAGGCUGGCCCCCUGAGGAGGAGUGGGGGAGUGCAGGAAUCCCAUUUCUUUUAUGUAUUCCAGUAUUACAAAAAUUGGCUGAAAUGUAUAAUGCAGUAUAUUAGUGUAGAAGUGUUUCUGAUCUAUUUGUAACAAGGUCAGAUCAUCGUUUAAAACAGACAAUUAAUUUCAGACUAAGCAUUAUACAUAUGUGAUACGUAAUGCCCUGAAAAACAAAUUAGUAUCUAAAAUUUCCAAACUUUUCAAUGAACCUUUACUGAACUUGCAAUAUAAGUGUUGUGCCAUUUGUCAAGCUCUCUCAGACAGCCUAACUGAUAAGGUCUAGUUAUAAAUAUAACUGGACUUCAGAUGCCAAAAUUCAUCCACACACUGUUUGGUUUACAAACUGGAAUAUAAAACAUGACUUUAUUGCUAAAGCAUUUCAAGGUAUUUAAUAGACACCAACAAGAUGUAAUUACAAAACAAAGUAUAGGUGGUGCUCAAUAGUCAAAAAGUAGGUGCAACUAAUUCACCCAAGUAUAUUGUCACUAAAUAUACUUAGAGAAAGGAAAACAGUGUGAAGCUGAAGAAAGGUGAUAAGCGCACACAAAUAAAAGGAAUUGUUACCUUAUACAUACAUUCCUCUUUUUAUAGAUAACACAAACAUUUACUAUACAGAAAUAAAAAUAAAACACAACAUAGUGUAAUCUGUAUAAAUGUUUCUGUAAGUAGGUGUCAGAAUUAGGAACACUCACAAUUUUCUAAGCCCAUUAAAGUUGGCUCUGGACUUAUAGAGCAUGUAUGUAUCCUUAAAGACACAAGGUAGCUUCCUCCAAUAAUGGGGUCCCAGAAAGUGCAAGAUUGCUGGAAUCAGGAACUCCAAGAAGAGGUAAGUUGCUAAAAACUAUUUAUUUUGAUGAAACAUAAACAUAAAAUAUGCACAAUGCGUUUCAACCCUACAGUGAGUCUUCCUCAGGUGCUGUUGAAUAUUGCACUGGUCCAAACAUAUAUAAAUGUAUAUACUAAUGAAAAAAAAACACUCCCAUCUCCAUAUAUGGCGACAUUUCCGGUUCGUGCACAGUGUCUCCGCCAUAUUAGUAACCUCUGAUAUGGGUAAUCAAGUUAAGCAAAUAGGAGAUGGACAUUUAAAAUAUAAACACAUAAAAGAAAAAACUCUUUCUGAUCUGAGGUUCAGUCAGUUGAAUACUCUCCAAGGUCUUUUUCAAUAACCUCUGUCGUCGUGUACAUUCCAUUACAUAAUUUCCUGUGAUGCAUCUGGUUUGUAUGUUGGUUGCCAAUAAGUCACUUCCUGUGACGUCUAUGUGCAGAAUGAUUUUCUCCACGGAUAGUUGCAUUGUCCAAAAAUGUAAUCGUUCAAAUAGGUGACUGAUACAAAUGAAGUCCAGGAGUCUUACAAGCCCGAAGCCACGGGUGCCAUAUAUGUUUAAUCCCUUUGAUGCUAAAGUGCGUAACUCGAAGAUCCAUUUUGAUUCCUAAAUACUUAACUUCUUGGCAAUAUACCCCCCUCUCCAGUGCAUGUUCACUUUAAAUCUAGACCAAUAAAAGUAAGAAUAAGUGAACAUAUCCAAAACAUCCAAAAAGGCUUUUUAAAUCAGAGUCUAUCUAGACAUUUUUUAGAAAAACAUAGGUCAGAUCCUAAACAUCUAGAAUUCUGUGCAAUUGAAAAAAUAAACAUGCAUUGGAGGGGGGGGGGGGAAUAUUGCCAAGAAGUUAAGUAUUCAGGAAUCAAAAUGGAUCUUUGAGUUGUGCACUUUAGCUCCAAAGGGAUUAAAUAUUGAUUUUGAAAUCAACCCUAUCUGAAAUAUCUUCCUUCCCCUUUAUUUCUCCUUCUCUAUUGAAAGCUAUUAUGAACUCUUUUUUUAUUUUUAUCUUGGGUUUCAAGUUUUAAAUGUAUAUGUUUUAGAACACACCCCCCUUUUUGGAUAAGUGUUCUGUUUUAGUAAUUACUAUUUAUGGUUUUAUGUUUUAACUCUUAUUUUUUUGCCCCUUCUUUGAUAUAUUAUUCCGGAUUUUAUACCUUUUAGUUUUUUUUUCAAUUUGACAAUUUUUAUUGAUUUUUCUGGACACAGAAGAAAGAUAGGGUGAGGGGGGAAACAACAAUCCUGACAUCGCCUUGUUUGGGUUCGGCUUGUCUUCACAUCUAUUGUAUUCUCUAAGCUUCAUUUAUCUUUUCGGUGAGUGGUAGUUCGGGUGCAGGAAGGGAGGGGGGAGGGGUACAGAAAGAAAAUGGGAAGUUAAGCGGAGGGGGGAGGAGGGGGAUCCGACACAUUAAUUUUUACUGGUCGUGUUACCUUGCCAUACUAACCAGUGUCACCCUUAUGACCUAUUUUCUUUCCCUCUUGUCACUCGGAUCAACCGUCUCUAGGGCCUCUCAGUGGUCUAUUCUCCUAGUCUAGUUACCAACUUUUUGUGAUCCUUUUUAGCUUUGUCUGCAUUUGUGGACCUGCAUAGAGGCGUCUUUCUGUUUGUGUCAUUAAAACUAUAACCUAUAAACUAAGUACAUGUGGGUUAACAGGCCCAGGGUGGGCGGCGGUCUCUAUUCUCCUGACCAAUGCGGCGUUCUUUCUUACUUUCUUUCCCUUCCCUAUGGGGGAUGCUUUGUCCCAAGAACAUAUUUUUUUUUUCCUCCCAACUCCCUGUACCCCUCCAUCUUUGUUACCCACUUCCUGUGGGCCAAAGUGGCAUGUUUGUUGGAGGGAUUUUGUCUGUUCAAUCCCUGUUCGUACUCCAGAUUCGUGGUUAUGUGCUGAAGCAGAGCCUCUUUUGUAGGUGCUUGGGCUGUUUCCACGCCCUUGCUAUCUGGUUAUUGGCUGCCACCAGGAUAUGAAAUAGUAAACGGGAGUCUGUUCUGUUGAGCUCUUCUAAACCCAUGAACAAGAGUCCACAUUCCGGUGUUAUCCUGAUCUCGCUACCUAGUGCCCUUCUCGCUAUGUCCUCCACCUGCCUCCAGUAUUUAGCUAUGAUUGGACACUUCCACCACAUGUGGUACAUCGAUCCCACCUCCCCUCGACAUCUCCAGCAUGCGCCGGAGGAGUUAGGGUAAAUUUUUGCCAGCCUCUCGGGUACCAUGUACCAGCGGUAUUGGAGUUUGCGCAUCUGCGGAUUUUAUACCUUUUUAAGUAUGGAGCCCGUGGCUUCGGGCUUGUAAGACUCAUGGACUUCAUUGGUAUCAGUCACCUACUUGAACAAUUACAUUUUUGGACAAUGCAACUAUCCUUUGGCGAUAAUCAUUCUGCACACAGACGUCACAGGAAGUGACGUAUCGGCACCCGACAUACAAACCCAAUUCGUCACAGGAAAUUACGUAACGGAAUCUACACACACGACGACGGAGGUUAUUGAAAAAGACUUUGGAGAGUAUUCAACUGACUGAACCUGGUAUUAGAAAGAGUUUUUUCUUUUAGGUGUUUAUAUUUUGAUUGUCCCUCUCCUAUUUGCUUAGCUUGAUUACCCAUAUAAGAGGUUACUAAUAUGGUGGAGACACUGUGCACGAACCGGAAGCGUCGCCAUUUUGGGAGUUGCCAAUAUGUAUCCGGUCCGGACCAUAUUUGGAGAUGGGAGUGUUUUUUGUACAAUAUGUGUAUGUUAUUGUUCAUUAGUAUAUACAUAUAUAUAUAUAUGUUUGGACCAGUGCAAUAUUCAACGGCACCUGAGGAAGACCCACUGUAGGGUUGAAACGCGUUGUGCAUAUUUUAUGUUUAUGUUUCAUCAAAAUAAAUAGUUUUUAGCAACUUACCUCUUCUUUGAGUUCCUGUUUCCAGCAAUCUUGCACUUUGUGGGACUCCAUUAUUGGAGGAAGCUUCCGUGUGUCCUCAAGGAGACUUACACGCUCUAAAGGCCAGAGCCAACUUUAAUGGACUCAGAAAAUUGUGAGUGUUCUUAAUUCCGACACCUACUUACAGAAACAUAUAUACAGAUUACAUUAUGUUGUGUUUUAUUUUUUAUUCUGUGAAGGGAAUGUUUGUGUUAUCUAUAAAAAAGAGGAAUGUAUGGUAACAAUUCCUUUUAUUUGUGUGCGCUUAUCACCUUUCUUCAGCUACCAACAAGAUGUGACUUAUUGCUUCCCAGACACAGUUCACCUCUUAGGUGAAUAGUUAAAUGCAGUCAUAUUAACCUUUACCAUGCUGUAACCAAUCAUAAAACCUCUAUUUGGUACCAUUGCAUGCAUCCACUACACACAUCUUAUUAGUUAUCCAUAUUUUGACAAUGAAAAAUGAAUACACACAACAUUAAUUGACAAUAUUUUUUACAAGGAACAGUGAAUCAUGCCCACUGGCCAUGCCACCCUCACCAGCAAUACAUAUUGUUUGAUAUCUUUAACUUUGAGCUAUAUGACAUAGAGGUGCAAGUGUCCACUUAGCUCUAAUUCUCUGUAGAAAUUACAUGAGCAACAAAACAAACAAAAAAAAGAUACUGGGCCCUGCAGCAACAGAUAAAAUAAUCAUGAAAGAUUCAUGAUUGACUCUGGCUAAAGAUGAUCUAUGUUCCUAUCACAGUAUCAAGUAUCAUCUUAUCAAGCAAUGGACAAAGGAUACAUAACAGUGAUAAAUUCCUUAAACCGGCACUGUCAUGCCAAACUUACCUUUCCCCAAUCGCUUCCUCUUCUCUCCCUCUCUCAGGAUCUGUUCUUCUGUUUUUCCUAUCUGAUAUAGUUUUCUUUAAAACAUAAGACAAAGCAGGGACUAUUUUGUCUUUUGUACUUUUCCUACGCUUGACCAGCUCAAGUGGGUCAGAAAAAUUUCCCCACAAUUCUCACCCUUUCCUCCGUGAUCUCGCGAUGCCUGCUUUUACUAAUCCUGAACGUCCUGAGAAGUGGCCUGGGUGCCUAUAGUGGUCCUUAAAGGGGGAUUAAAAUCUCCCUUCUGCCCCUACUCGCUAUACUGCUAUACAUACUCGCUAUCCUGGCUGCUCAAUGUUCACUCCUGUGUAAAAAAAAAAAGACCCCUACUCCUAUGUAAAUAAUGAAGAGACAUAGUGUCCCCCCUCCUGAGCCCCCACCCAUUUUUAACAGACUGUUAAUAUCAUACAUUUUGAAAUGGGAAAAUGCAAAUACACUUUAUUUAGUUUAGUCUCCUUAGCAGCCCUUCCCAAACAACUGGUCGUCACAACUAUAGCAGUCUUAGUGUAUUGGAUAGUAGGUAGUCUGUUUUAAUUCUCAUUUUGCCAGCUAAAAUGUAAUACUAGUAGAUCUACUUCAAGACCAGGGGUAGGCAACCUAGGGCACUAGUGCCAUGCACGACACUCGAGGUGCCUUUGCACAGCACUCAAGGCUGCUAAAACCAAACAGGCUCUGGCCUAUCAGGAGUCCCAGUAAAACUUCAGAUAUCUGCUAAUACAAAGAGGUGGUGAAGGACAAUCCUCAAUUUAUGCAUUGCAGCAUGUAGAGGAAGUGAUCUCAGAGCACUUCAUUCCGGCACUUGUGAAUGGGAAUCCACACAGUAGUAGAGCAGCUCGCAGUUGUUGUUGCAGCUUCGGUCCUUGAUCUGUACCUGGCCAACAUGGUCCCCACUGGAACACACACUGCUAGAUAUACACAGAAAUGCAGAAAGACCCUCCCCUCAUACAAAUAAUACGGACAGCCCACACACAUACAUACAGACACACAAUCCGCACAAACGCAACACCACUAACAAUCCACAUACAUGCACACAACCCCACAUACAGCUUCUCACAUGCAAUACCCCAAACAGCCCCCACACAUACACACACUACUAAACACACAAUGUGACAUAUCCAUCCACACACACAAUUCCACAAGCUGCCCCCAUACACAGCCCACAUUCAUAUGUAUCAUACAUGAUACCACAAUCUACUCAUGAACAUAUACAAUAUAAUAGCUCAUAUACGCACAAAUACAAUGAUACAAAGCAAUUACAGUAUAAAUAACACAAGCAGAAUACGGCAGCAUACACACUUCAAUUUAAAAAAAAAAUUAAAUAGGACCGGCACGCUACGGGACAUCACAAUCCUAUAUCGGCACAGUGCUGCUAAAAGGUUGCCUACCCCUGUUCUAGACACUUAAAAAUAGAACUUAUGGAAGCUCUGUAAUACCAGCUUAUCUUAUGUGAUGAACAAAAAUAAAAGUUAUAUAUAAAAAAAGAGCUUAUGACUAAUUUUUGCUACUUUCUAAAUGCCAAUUGAACCAGCUCAACAAUGACUUCAUGCCAAUGUAACCUGAAUGUGAUAUCAUUAAUCCAUACCUAAUAUUUUAAUUUAUCUGUUUGGCUCUGUUCCUAAAUAAACAAAAUCAUUACUCAUUUUGUCCCACUGUUACAUCCAAUAUGUUAAUUAAACUUGUCUCCUGAUUCAUCAUAUUUCUUGGUGUUCUCAAGUAACUAUGCACAGGCAUUUCUACGUUAUAUCACUUCUAUUAUUCACAGUCAGAGAACAGUGCAAAUGUAGUAGUCCAUUUCCCUAAGAAAAACAGGUCUGUAUGAGACACCUUAGCUCCAAAAAUCUGUGAGCCAGGCCAUCCCUAUGACUGGGUAAUGAGAGGUUAAGCUCCAAAAUCAUCAAACUUUCGACAGAAUAUCUUUCAUUUCUUUAUUGUUCGGAACUUUUAGAACCUUCUGUGCAGGACAAAAGAUCCCUGGAGAGCUUUCAGCUCCACAUGACAUUUCUCAAGGGAGAUCUUAUUCCUCUGAAUCCCUGCUGUAACUCACAGAUAAGACUGCAAAUGCCCUAAAAAAAUACAAAUGUACUAAAAAUACACACAGUGAGCGGAGAUAAGAAUCUGUUUAAACUUUAAGUUCCUAUAGUGCCAGAUAGUCAUCAGAGAUAAUGUAAGACAUUGCUGGGUUGGGUAGUCUUCUGCAUUUGUGUUUCAGGAAAACAGUGAUGGGUAUUAAAUAAACUGCUGUGCUGCCACAAAAUGGAUGCCAUGGAUGCUCAGAAUGUUUAUUUAAUAAGGUUUUGCAACUGCUCUACUGUGUGUGAGUUCACGCAGGAUAUUUUUCAACACUGCACUGCCAUCUAGGUACGUAAAACUCUUCUGCAACUUAGUUUGACUUACAAGGCCUUCUCCCCUGUCUGUUACACAGUGAUCUGUGCAGCAUGAGGAAGCAUUUACAGAGAUUUGUGUAGACCUAAGUAAUGCAAACUCUUUAUCCCAUAACUCCAUAGAAAGCCAUUGACUAUUGUUGUCCUGUAGCUGGUGGCAAACAACCCCAUAUAAUACAUACCCAUCACAGGCUGAAAAUUCAUUUGGCCCCAGAUACUGCAGUUGGUCAAUCCAGGCCCUGAGAUCAUUAACAGGGUUAAUUAGUAAAGUGAGAAAAUUAAUUUCAAAUAUAAGGCCAUAGUAGCCAAACUGAAUGCGUACCUGACUUAGAGGAUUUUUUCCAGUUUGGUUAUUUUGAACUUAAGUUUGAAAUUCACUUUGAAUUCAUCCUGAAUUCUCACUUUAGUGAAUAACCCUGCAAGAUUGUGGGCUACCAGCCCCAAUACAGAGUCACACAGGGCUGGACUAGCAAAAGCUAUUUCUUGUCUGCCACCUCUCUAAUGUACUAUAUGCCAAUAGGCAUCACAACACACCUCCAUCUAAUCUCAACUGCAAAGAGAUCUGUGAGUAUAAUGUUCAUGAAAUAGGCCAUUAGAUAGUAUUUGCCCCAGGUCAAACUUUGCAAGAUCUAACCUGCCUAAACACCACACAAACAUGCCUCAAAUUCCACCAAGGCUUGGUUGCAGAAGAAGUCCUGGAAAAUUCUACAGUAGACAUCACAGUUACCUGACAUGAACCCCAUAGAAAAAUCUCUGGUGGGCUUAGAAGAAGGUGAUUUCAGCACACAAAUCAAAGAAUGCUACUGAACUGGAGGCCAUUGCUCAUAAGCAAUAGGCUAAGAUUCUUCAGGAACAUUGUUGGAAGCUGGUGUCUGGCUAUGCAACUCAUUUUCAGCAGGUCAUGACAGCAAAAGGGUGCUCCACUGAGUAAUAAGAUGUUUGCCAUGGAGGGGCUGAAUAAUUAUGAGAAUGGAGAUGUCAUUGAUUUUUCAGAUGAAUUUGGGGAACCACUGGAAGCAUUAGUCGUGUUGAGCAAUUUCAAAUGCUUUUGUUUGAUUUGUUCAUUGCAAAAAGGUGAAAGUCUGUAAAUUUUGACAAUAAACCUGGUUUUUAAUUGGGGUUGAAUAAUUUUGAUUGUAACUGUAUAUAUGUAGCACUUAAAUGAACACCAUAUGCAAAUAAAGUGCUCAGUGUACUUACCAAAUUGCAUAAAGUGCAUUAGUAUUUAUAUUUCUCAGAUAAUGUGCUCUCGACUAAACAAUGCGAAUUCAAGACAAUGUCCAUAUCCUAAAUAGUGCUUUACCAAGUGUGAAUGUAAGAACUCUCUAAUGUACCUACACAUAUAUAAAUGUAUCAUCUUAUAUGUGUGUACAGUGGAUUUCUCACAUUAAUUUGGAUUGAAUUGUGAAGUGGUGUAGGAAGGAGACACAAAGAGUGUUGAAAGCAGUUGAUAUAUAUGUUUGUAUGGUAAAUGUAUUCGGUCUUUAAAAAAACAUUUUUUAAGCAACUUUUUAUUUUACCUGUCUUAAUUAGCUCAGCAUUAUGGCUGCAGAUUUAUUAAAUGAAGGAGCCUGUCAAAAAACCUGGACUGGGUUUUUCCCACAUAGUUAUUGUAAUAGAAUGUAUCUUGCCUAGAUAAAAUACUUUGUACUUGUUCAAAGUGACAUAGUUACACAAAUGGCUAAUGGUAGCUCAUGCUUAUCUAGAACAGUUCUGAAACAUCUCCACAUUUCCAUACAUACAACCUUAAAGCAGAACUUCAAUAAAAUUUACAGCCGGGAUGGAAUGAGCUCCACUCUACUAAAUUAAAAUGUUGAGAGGUAUAUUAAAGGGACAUUCAUCAAUUUAAAAACAUCUGUCUCAUUAAAAAGCUUUAUAUUUGAAUGAGACAGUUCCUUCACGAUACAGAUUGAAACAAGUAGGUAAAUAGGAUUUUGUUUCCACAUAUUUAUUUGCUUCUUAUUUCUUAUGCUUUUUACACCCACUCACUGGGGGAACACUGAUCUAACCAAUCAGUGUCCUAUCCCUAGGAAUGCUAGAAAACUGCAAUGGGCAUGUACGACAGAUUUACACACUUGUAGUUGGGAGCUCAUUUAACCUUGGAGCAUCCUGACAGCGGGAGAGGAGAGGGAGUCUGAUCAGUGUGAUAAUGCAGAGCAGGUUCUGAUGUUAGGUUUCUCUCUCCUGCUGCUGCAAUGAUGUCUUGUUUCUAUCAUUAGUGGAAUGGUCUGAAACUGCCAUGGGUUGGUAAGAUGGGGAGGGAUUAAGGAAACUCUUCUAGCUGCGAGGUGUGCCCAAUAAUGCAAUCUGACCAAGUUUACAGUAAGUGUAUAAACACUUAUUGAGUACUUUUCAAAGUAUUUCUUGCUUAAUUUUGGUUUGUAUACUUGUUUAAAAGUGUCUGCUUACCAGUUUAACAAAUCUUGUGUUUCUUUAAAUAGAAAUAUAUACAAGUUUUCAUGAUAUUUGUUUAUUGAUUUCAGAAUAACAACCUAAGUGAUGUAAACCUAAAGAGUGCAGUUGAACAAGUGUGCAAAGCAAUAAAACCUGGAUUCCAGAUAUCCACUGACAAAUGCGAGGUAGUCCUUGGCUACAAUGCUCAACAAGAUGAUCGACUGGCAAUAAUGCAAGCUGUGGUGGAAAGUAAGUACAAGUAAAAUAUGAGAUAUUAAUCUGAGUCAGCAUCUUUUGAACGCGGCUAAGUCGCUCAUCCCAUUAUAUUGGAAACGGACAGAGAUACCCAAUGAAGAAGACUGGAUCCGCAGGGUCGAGGAUAUCCAAGGAGCUGAAGCACUACAGGCAUCCUUACAGGAUAGAGGGGACAAACAUGCCGAACAGUGGUUUCCAUGGUUCACUUUCAUAUCACGAAACACGGGGGAUUAGGACGGUGACCCGACAGCGUGCGCGGGGGCUCGGGCUUCUCCGGGGCAAGGCCAAUGUGCAUAUUCCAAUUAUAUGACCCUAACCCCACCCACGCCUCCAGUAGAAUGGGUACAUCUCUGCUACCCCACUCUACCUCUCGUUUGGUCAUAUAUCUAAAUUACCGCCAGUGAAUGGUUGAAUGUCCUAUUGGACCCCUGCACACCCGAAUGAAGACGGAGGCCAUGACAUAAGUUCACGUAGCUCAGUGUCAGUGCGCUCGUUACCUGUUAAGCAGAGCACAGUAUCUCACGAGAAGGCAUAAAACCUACUCCCACCACACCCUGAUGCCGUAUGAAAGGCAUAAAUCUAGAAAACCAAACCAUGCCCCCUCCCUUCUCUCCUCUCCCUCUCCUUUCCCCCCCUUGCUAUUCCUUUCUACUCAAACACUCAGUGAUACACACUACUCUAGUCUCCCUGGGUGCGUUUCACACAUAGGGGGACAGGCUGAGACAUUACAAGCAUAUGGAAAAGGCGAAUGUAAAAUGAUAGUCAGAAUCUAUUAUAAUCCACUGGGCGCGAGCCCUAUAGCUAGCAUUAAGUGAUAAAUUCUGGACCCUGAACUGGUUCUCUUCUCUUUCCAUGGCCCAGUUAGGGUGUCUUUCACACAAUAAUAAAAAAUACUGGUAGAAGGGAGACCAACAAUGGCCCGGGAAUGUUAUGUAAUGCAUUGUGAUUACCGCUGUUUUGUAUGAAACUUUUUGUAUCUUGUUACAAAAUUGAAUCUGCUUUCACUCUUUUCUACACAAUAAAAUGAUAUUCAUAAAAAAAAAUAAUCUGAGUCAGGGUUGGUAACAGACUUUCACAAUAGUACUGUUUUUGUUCCCCAGUCUUCCUCUUCAUAGAGUACAUGUUUUGCUUUGCUUCUGUGAUAUAAGUAUAUCAUACUCAAAGAGUUAUUCACUAAAGUCCAAAUGGCCCCCUUAAAGGACCACUCUAGGCACCCAGACCACUUCAGCUUAAUGAAGUGGUCUGGGUGCCAGGUCCAGCUAGGGUUAACCCAUUUUUUUUAUAAACAUAGCAGUUUCAGAGAAACUGCUAUGUUUAUGAAUGGGUUAUUCCCCCAAAUCCUCUAGUGGCUGUCUCAUUGACAGCCGCUAGAGGCGCUUGCGUGCUUCUCACUGUGAAAAUCACAGUGAGAGCACGCAAGCGUCCAUAGGAAAGCAUUGAUAAUGCUUUCCUAUGCGACCGGCUGAAUGCGCGCGCAGCUCUUGCCGCGCGUGCGCAUUCAGCCGACGGGGAGGAGAGGAGGAGGAUCGGAGGCAGAGAGCUCCCCGCCCAGUGCUGGAAAAAGGUUAGUUUUUACCCCUUUUCCACUUUCCAGAGCCGGCCGGGAGGGGGGCCCUGAGGCUGGGGGCACCCUCAGGGCACUAUAGUGCCAGGAAAACGAGUAUGUUUUCCUGGCACUAUAGUGGUCCUUUAACUAAUAGGUCAUAAAUAUUUUCUGUGUGCUGUGGUUGUAAAUACAUUAUAGCACAGUUGCUGUGUGAAGUAAAAGAGGUAAUAAACUUGGAAUUUGUUUGAUUACAUAAAAAAGCAAAGAUUAAAAUAAUGCUCCAUUAAAAAAAGUAACAGUAUAGUAUAUUUAAUUCCCCCCAAAACAUGCAGUUAUACAAUUAGUUUUGCAUGAUUUCUUUGGGGGUAUGUGAAAUCUAAUAUCUGCAGCAAUAUAUAUAUAUAUAUAUAUAUAUAUAUAUCGAUAAAAAAUUAUGUUAGUCCAAUAAAAAAGGUAUUACAAGAUACAAAUUUUAUCUGUUUUAUAUAUAUAGCAAAAGCCAAAAAGGGAAAAGGUUGUGAUUGAAAAUCCCUUCCACCUGAAGUCUGUGGAUAGUUAAUACAAUGUUAAAUAUAAAUCUGUACACUAGUCAAGCCAUAAGACUUGCAUUUCCCCCAGAAACCACAAAUUUGCAGUGAUGUUACUACCGCAAAGGAUUCUGGGUGGGCAUAUGCGUAUUAGUUUAACAAAGAAUCACAUUUUUGCCUCAUUCUAAUUUUAAACAUGGAUUUUACUACAGCAAAAGAUUUCUGUGGGGAAAAUCAAGUCUUAUAGAACAUGAAAUAUUGUUUCACAAUAACUGCAGAUCUAGUAGCUGCAGGUACUGCAAGCGAUAUCCUUCUUUCCCAACACAGACCUUCUCAUCUGUGCCAGAAAGUAGCAGGGAAUAAAUUCAGAUGCUUGGCUAUGUGCAUGGAUGUCCAAUCACAGACUUCUCAAUAAGCUCCAUCACAGCUCAUUGAGAACUCUUCAAAGGCAGACACACUGUGCUCAGCUCCUCGACACAUCCGCUUGCCUUUGAGAUUAGCUAGCUGGAGUUAAUUCAAGCAAAAGUACAAUAAGGGUCUUACUAGCUAUGUUUGGUGGCAACAUUUAGCUUACUAAUUCAUGUUUUUCUUAUGUAUUUGCCAUGUACAUUUUGCAGAAAUCCAACAGCAUUAUAUUUUAAAACCACCUGUAAACUACCAAUCUUUAAAUUGAUAUUUCUGUUAUUUGCAGCACAUUUAAACGCAAGUGAUCUAUUUCCGAAGUUAAAGAGCAUCAAAUAUGAGGUAAGUUUUUUUUAAUUUUUCCACAAUUACAUAUGUUUAUAAAUAAAGGGAGAGGUAACACGCAUAUACACAUGAAGCAUUAUGGUAAACAGAAUAUUAAAGGUCUAAAGGGGUUCUAAUAACAGUCUAAAUAGCAAAUUUGACUGAAAGUCAUUUGGCUUUUGGAUGUCACCAUAAACUCCCAUCUCCCUAUAAUACGUCAAUGUUUCUCUGAUAUGUGUUUUUAUAUUUCAUAGCCAAUGAAUAAUGCUUUGAUGUUUAUUGCUUGGUUUGACAUAAUGCAAGAUACACUGGAUUAAGAAGAUACAUAUUUUUUAUUGAUAGGGUUCUAUAAUGCAAUCGCAUGGCAAUGACAUUUAUUUCUCAAGCUGUGUAAUAUGCGUCUAUGAAGAUUCAGCAUGCUAAAUACAUGAUAGGUAAUAAUUCGCUAGAGUUGAUAGAUUAUGGUACUUCUCUUUAUCGUCAGGUUUAGGGAAUGACCAUGACAAACUUUAUGAUUAUAUUAAAAAUAAAUAUAUGAAAAUAAUUGCUAUACCAGAGAGAGAGAGAGAGUGUGUGUGUGUGUUUUUAAUUUACGGUUUAAUUGAGAUGAUAACAUUUAAUAAAUGAUUCUACAUAUCAGGGAGAGUCAUAUAUAGUAAUAUUAUGAAGCAAACUGGCAAACAGAAAACAUUUGAUUUUGUGGAUUAAGAAACUAAGACAAUUGCAGUAGCAUUGGUAUACACACUCUACUAUCCACCAAUUGAAGGGUAUUGUGCCUAUCAAUAGCUUUGGGUAGUCAUGUGCUCACUAAGGUAAAAGCAGGCUAAACAUAGCAUUAGUAGAACAAUGCAUUAACUGUGGUUUUACAGUGAUGCAAUUCACUAAGCUAAAUAUAAAAAAAGAAAAACCAUAAGAAAAAUUAGUUGAGUAAAUAUUGUGUGUGGCCUCCAGUGGGAUAUAAGACCCAAGACAUAAAAAGACAUAGAUCAGACAAAUAAGACAUAAAAACACCCUUUUGCCGUAUUGGAAUUUAUGCAAAAAAACGUUCUAUAUCAGGAACAGGAUAGUGAAUGCCUUAUAUACUGUGCAAAGUACAAAAUGAUGAAAGUCUUGUGCUGAGAGUUAAUCCUUCUGAAAAGUCCGUCGGUUGCAUGCUCUGGCAUGCUGGGAUGCCAAGGGAAGUAGUCUUGCUAUGGUCAAGACAGGAACAGCUCGGUGAUCGUUCACUCCUACACAUUAAUAAUAUAUGGGUAAAAUCCCUCCCUGCGAAAAAGAGUCAGGACCAAGUUAGCUUGUGUUCUGCUCUAGUUGAGAGUUUCAUUUCCCAAAAGGGGGCUGUCAAAGUAAUCCAUAUGUUUGGAAUAUGUCAGUGUCCUAUAAAUGGAAUAAAUAAAUAUGAUGCAGCAUUUUAUAUACUGCAUUGAGCUAGGAAAUUGAGUCUCAUAUUGUGCAUCAGAGCAAAUGAAUGUAAGCCUAAUAGAUCUUUCAUACGCACAUCUCAUUCUAUGGUUUAUAUUAACAUCACAUUUGCCAUAUUUACAUUUCAGGAUGGAACAAACAUGUUUGCAUACGGUGACAAGGUCCCCACAGAAGAACUUGAUGACUGGUUGAGCAUGCCACUUAUAAUAACUAUAGUGAGUUUGGCAGCAUCUUUGCUAAUUAUAGCAGCAAUCUAUGGGUGUUGGCAUCAGAGGCGGUCUCAAAAGAGAGAUCAGGUAAAAAUGUUUGUACAAUAGUAAAAAUGUUGUGAAAAUUAACACGUUUGAGCUUUAUGUUUAUCCAUGACAUCAUUGUUUCAUAGGCUGUAAGAUUGUUUGACUAGGGUCGUAUUCACCUAUUUUCUUUUCUAUGAUGUAAAGCACUGCAGAAUAUGGUGGAGCUAUAUAAAUGCUAAUUGUAAUAAUUGCCUCUGCUACUAGUAUCACAUGUUGAAUUAUGGACUGCUAAUUAAAGGGACAGUAUAGUCACCCAGAUCACUUCAGCUCAAUGAAGUGGUCUGGGUGCCAGGUCCCUCAGGUUUUAACCCUUCACAUGUAAACAUAACAGUUUCAGAGAAACUGCUAUGCUUACAUUUGGGGUUAAUCCAGCCUGUAGUGGCUGUCUUCCGGACAGCCACUAGAGGCGCAUCUGAGAUGCUGGAGGCGAAUUUCUCCUCCAUCGCGCAGAGCGUCCAUAGAAAAGCAUUGAGAAAUGCUUUCAUAUGGACACUUUGAAUGCACGCGCGGCACUUGCCGCACAUGCCCAUUCGGCUCCAGUGACGUCGGACAGGGAGGAGAGGUCACCAGCGCCGAGGGAGCCCGGCGCUGAAUUAAAGUAAGUAACUGAUAGGGUUUUUUCUAAUAAUGGCUAUAAUGUUAAAUUGUAUUUAUUUGUAUAGAAUAGACUAUAGAAUAUAUAAACUGUUUAACAGAACUAGAGUCUGCAAAAGUCUUCAAUGCCUUUUUCUAGACUACAUUGCUGUUUUAAAAAAACAAAAACCUUUAUUUACAUUUCAUGUGUUUAAUAGUCUAAUCCAUUUACAACGUUAAACGAGUGUUACAGAUCACCAUCUUUAGCAUAUCAAUGUGCCACGGGAGGGGGACCGUGAGGGUGGGGGCACCCUCAGGGCACUAUAGUGUCAGGAAAACCGCUUUGUUUUCCUGACACUAUAGUGAUCCUUUAAUACUACCAGAGCUGGAGAAUACUUUUCAAUCAGGGUUGUAAAACAUUAUAGAUCGGGUUUUAAGGAUACAUUUGACCUACCCUUUUAGAUAAUCAGAGUACCAGAAAGAAUAAAAUAUUGAUUCACAAUUUCUGUUUUGUAUAUUUGGAUAGAGGCUCACAGAGGAGCUGCAAACCAUGGAAAAUGGAUACCAUGAUAACCCUACCCUCGAGGUGAUGGAGACAUCUCCAGAAAUGCAGGAGAAGAAAGGAGGUCUUAAUGGAGAGCUUGGGGACAGCUGGAUUGUGCCAUUAGACAACCUAACUAGAGAAGACCUGGAUGAAGAAGAAGACACUCAUUUAUAAACAAAUUGGACAAAUAAGACAUUGGAAAAUCCAACACUAAGAGGCAUCACAUGACCAGUAAAGCAGAUAAGCAGUAACCAAUCUAUCCCUCUUUAAUGAGUGCCAAAAAAGUGAAGAACUGACUGUCUUUAUUUCAGCCAUGCCCCCAUAAUUCAAACUAUACAUAUAUACUAUUCCUAACACUCAGUGUGAUAUGAAUGCUUCUCGUGAACUCACCACUUCUAACUAGUUUGGAAAGGGAUACUAAUUUUAAUCCAUCUAUGACAGAACCCUUCAAAUUUGAUGACUCAAAACCUGGAUGGUAAACCAGGAAAUGAGAAAACAAUAUGGAGUGCCGAUUCUACUACUUUUUAAAUAUAAAGCACAAUCUUUGGGCUCUGCAAUGUACAAGUGAAAUGUAAAGCAGCAUACCAGUGUUCUACAAAGCCCUGAAGAAAACUGGAUAAAAAAACAUCCCGACUUAUUUUUAUAUCAUUUUUAUUUUUGCUUUUCCAUUACACCUUUUCUAAAAAUAGCGCAAAAAAAGUAUGACAAAGCAAAGGAUUAUCAAGCGGUGAAAUAUUUCCAAAUGUGCUUUAUUUUGUGUCACAAGAGCGUCGAUGUAAGUCUCUCAUACAAUGUCUUGGGUUUUUUGUUAUUGCUUAUCUUGUAUGAAAUGACAAUUGGUUCUGUCACUUCAAAUAUUUAGCUAAAGAGUAAAUAUUUUUAAAAUGAGCGUCAAUUUUCUCUCUGUUUCAUUACUCUUUCUCUUGGGCUAACUGUAUCUAUGUUCAAAAAGGAAUUGGAAGGUGAAUGAAAUGUAAAUAAUUUUAUAGCUGCAAAGCUUUUUUUGACAUAUUUUGCAACGUGAAUACCAUAUGUAUUUUCCCACAAUUUCACCAACUGCCAUUAAAGGCCUUCACAAUUCUGCUUCAUAUAAUGUAAUUCAAACGUUGGUUUGUCUGGAAUGAAAAGACAUAGCAAUGCAUUCCCAAAAGACAUAGCAAUGCAUUCUACAUCAGAGUGCUCUGAGGGGUUUAGAUAACUUCAUGACAGUAGGGAAUUCUGGGAAUUAUAUGAAGCUUUGACAAGUGCCACUGAGAGAUCUUCUGUUCUGAAUUUCUUUCAUUGUCACGCAUUUUGAACUUGACUUAUUUUGCAUGGUAGGGCCACUAAUUUAUACCUUUCUAAAACACUAACUUAACGUGCUACAUAGCUUUAAAAACAGGCAAACACUAAAUGUGGUUUUUAACUACUUCUGAAGCAAUAUAAGUUUCGGAUUUCAUAAUAUUUUAAAUUAUAUAUUUGUAUUCCAAUAGUUUGUACUUUAAUGUUGUUGUCUUUGGUCCUGUUGAAAAAAAAUACAUUAGAAGUGAAAAGUAAAAGUUUAUCUGAAACAAUGCUUUAAAAUAAUUCUAGCCUUAACACCUUUAAAUUAAAUGACGUGCCAGGGCUUUUGUAAUAUCAUAGGAUGUGCCAAGUCCUUUGUCCUAAAUGAGUUAAUCAGUGACAGGUCUACACAGCAAAUCUAUGCAAAAGUAAUAUAAAGUAUGAGUAUGUAGUUUUGUGUUGCUGGUUUGUUUGUUUUUUAUUGUGGUGGGUGGGGGUGGGGAGGGGAGUGUUUAUUUUUUUUUUGUACUUGUAAUUGAUCCUGUAUACAAAAAUGGACAUAUCUCAAUUCUUGCUCAAGUCAGAAAUAGGGUAACCCUUAGAAAAAGGUUGUAAUCUACACCUAUCUGAAAGACAUGUAAAAAGAGUGUGAUUAAAAGUUGAUGUAUGUUUUUUGAAAAUGCUUUUUUUGUGGUAGUAUACACUGAUGAGACAAUAGCCCCAAAACAAAUAGACAUAAAAAAGGUCUAUUAUCCAGGCCUUGUACAACUGAAAAACAGCUACAAUUUGAAAUCACAUAGAAUGGAUUUUGCUACAUUUUCUACAACUUCCAAAAAUCUUUCAGUAGAGAUGGGUGGAUGUGCCUAGUUUACCUGUGCAGGAUUUAUUUGUAUGUUUAUUGUGUUUCUCCUUAUUUUUACUACUAUGUGUGUCUAUAGGAAUGACUAUUUUGCUUGUGCAGGAUAUCAGUGAAGUAGUAACAAGAGUUCUCACAAGGUGAAAUUACUAAUAAAAAUAGAAUGGUCAAAUUAAGGAAAUGUAUUCACUAAACAACAAGUUAUAGUGAAUUGAAAAGAAACACUGAAAUGCCAAAUUUGGCACAUAUACCACUUCACUAAGAUGAAGUGAUGUGGGUAUCUAUAGUUUCCCUUUAAAAAAUAAAUAAAACUUAAACUGUCUUUUGAAUACAGCCCUAGAAAACAUUUGAUUGGACAAUGGCCAGGAAUGGCCAUGACAAGAAACUAAGUGCUGGAAAUAGUGGUGAAUCUUCAUUAGCUAAAGACGCCAGUCAAGUAAGUUUUUAGAGAUUGGGAAAUAUUUGUUAAAAUUUUAGUAAAUGCAGAUUUUUUAAUUCUGGUUUUAUUUGUUUUGCAACAAUUAACUAUAAUGCAAUUUAAAAAAUUAAUUUUAUAUAUAUAUAUAUGUAUAUAUAUAUAUAUAUAUAUAUAUAUAAAGAGAGAGAGAGAGAGAGAGAGAGAGAGAGAGAGUUUGCUUUUAAUGUAGAAUACUCAGCAUAUAGCAUAUUAUUCAAGGGUUGCUAACUACAUUAGUUUUGCCCUUUAUAUAGCCCAGCUCAAAACUCACUUUCCUUUCUGUUUUUUGAGAAAACGUUUUUGUAGUAAUGAUUGAUUUAACGGUUCGUGACAAAGCUCCCUAUGUUGAUAUGUUGUUAAAUAAUUUAAAUUAAAAGCCAAUUAACAGAAGGCAUAGGCAAAAAUGCAAAUUUGUGAUAAUAGGUGAUGCCACCUUGGAUUCUACACUAUACUGAGCAAACCUUUAAAAAAAACGGUAAACUUAGAGAAGCACUUGAGAAGUGGCCCAAAAUGUCUGUAGAGAUGUCACAAAAGGGAUUGAAGGAUAUCAAGAACAAUAUAUAUUGCACAUAUGCACUAUCUGACUUCUCUCAAAUAACCCUUGGAAAAAGGGGAAACAUGUUUUUUUUAAAGGGAAGAAUUUGACUGUGACUAUUGUAUUUUGUUUUGUAUUCCAGAAAUAUAUUAGCAACUUUGUAUUGUAUCCUUCAGGAAUAUGUACUUGAUUAAUAAGGAUUUAUUGUUAUUGGAACAGGGGUCUGUUACACACUGGAAUUGUCUGAAAUUGAUUGUCACACUACAUAAUAGUUUCUACAAAUUAUAUUUUGAAAACUAUGUAAACUGUUAAUAAACUUUUUUUUGCCUAUAGUA